AUGAAUACGCUGAAAUGGAUUCAAAUGUCUGUAUAUCUGGCAGUGCUGCUCAAGUUCACAGGUAAGUUCACAUGUUUAUCUUAAUGUAACUUGGCUUACAACAACUCCAGAACUAUAACAGAAAGUUUUUAUUGUUCCUGCAUCAUUACUAACAUUUCUUGUUUCCUCUUACUCUCCCAGGAGCAGCGAUGUCUCGGUCAGUGAAUGUCUACAGCACUGUCAGAGUUGGAGAGGACGUCAUCUUGGUCCCUGACGAUAUGCGAAUGAAUCUUAAAAACUGUCGCAAAUUUGACUGGAGUGUCCGUUACAUGGGAAACACUCAAAUUGUAAAUUUGGUUAGACGUGGGCAGAUCGCGAAGUUGGUUGGAUCAAUAUCAGACAGAUUGAGAGUUAGAGAGGACUGUGGUCUGCUCAUAAAGAAGGUCACAGAGGAGGACGCAGGGGAAUAUUGCUAUAGACAGCGGCUGGAAGGAAUCGACGUCCACGAUGGUCGUGUUUAUCUGUCCGUUGUGAGCAGUGAGUAUUCCUACCAUCAUGUUGUCAAGGAAACAUUAAGAUAAGAACUUGUUAGUGGUGAUCACAGCCCUGAACUCUAUUUUACAGUGACUGAAUGGAGGAACAUUGACUCUGUGAUGCUGUUCUGCUCCGUGACGACGCAUGAGGCAUGUAAACCCAAAGCAAGGUGGCUGUUAGACGGUCAAUAUGUGGGUAAACACUGCGGAGGUGAAACGCCACAGCCUAGCUGCGACGCUUAUGUGGCCCUUCAAACGGACCACAUGAACAAAUCCAGAUAUGACUCACUGAUGUGUGAAGUGGCCGUGGACGACUCAGUGGGGCUGUAUUCCCUCAGACUCCCACCCCCAGGUAAGAAGAUCUCCAUCAGUUUGAAGCUACCCACAAAUUUGUUGAUUUUGUUCAUGUACAGGUUGCCGAGUCGUGUUCAUUCAUUAACAAUCACCAGAAAAGAUCAAAAUCCACUAUUUUGAAUUUCCAGCUGCAACUCCACCACCCUCUGAAAACAGGACAGAGAGCAUCACUGCAUCGUCUGGAAAUAACACAGCUUCAGAUGUCAAAGGUACCAUCUCGAAACUUUUUAUCAACAAUUCUGAUUUUAUUUAAUUCUCAGCUGCCGAAUUGGAUCCCUUAAUGGUUGGCUGAUUGAAAAAGUUCCCCAAAAUAACUUCUGUUUUAUCUACAGAUCUGAUUUUCCAUCAUAUAAACCAAAUGAUAGAAGAAAAUAAGCUCUUCCCACAGACAAGCAGCUUUACGUUACGUUUAAGUUUUACACAACCAAACAUGAGGUGGAAAGUAGAUAAAGAUCACUGAAGGCUCAAGCUUUGCACAACUUUUGUGGACCAGUUUUUUUUGUUUUUUUUUAACAGUCAUGAUGACAGCGCUGAAACACUGAUGGCCAAAGUGAUAUGAUAUCUGCAAAGUUUAAACUGAAAAAAAAGAAGAAGAAAAAAAAAAAUCUGCUUCUGCCUCAGGAGUACUUUUAGACUGAACCAGUAUUUGUGCUGAAGUAAAAAACUACAUAUACAAAUCAUGAAGUUCAGUAAAUCACUGUUCUUCUCUUCAGAGCUUCAGGUGAGAACCUUCAGACCAACAUGAGUUCAGUCUGAUGUUGUUUGGAGCUGAAAUCUGUCUCUCUGCUUUCUUUUCCAGGGAACCACAGACCCCCUGAUGAUUUCACUGUGAGUAUGACAGAGUUCAGAGUUGGAGCUCUGAGAUCAGACUGAUCAGGUCUAAAGUUCAACAGUUUUUUUCUGAACGUUGAGCUCCUCUGAUGUUUCUGACAGGUGUCUUAUGACGGAGACGAGGUCACAGUGACGUAUGAAAAUGUUGAAGAGCCUUCAGCUUCAGUCAGACACCACUGAUCUACAUCUGCAACGCCAACCAACAGAUGAUCCUCCUGCUUUCACACAUUUAUUUACAGAUUUUAACUGUUGAUUAAAUGUAAACUCUGACUUUACAGUUUUAGGUCUAAAGACUUCAGCGAUAGGUUGAUGUGGCUCAACCUAGUUUGUCAAAAAUCUUUCAUCUGUUACUUAAUCAUCAAAAAGCUCUUUUGGUUGCCCUCAGUUUUGUAAUCAACUUCCUUUUUUUGUUAGAUGACAUUUGGGCAUAAAAACACCUGCAGAUUUGCAGUUUGUCUCUUUUAAAUGAACUUUAAUCUGCUUUUUUCCUUGGAUGUAUUUCAUGUGAUUUGUUUUCUUUGGUGAAUUGCUGCGUCGUCCUGAGAGAGUCUGUUUUUGUUUAAUCACAGUGUCAUCUGCAAAUAAAGAAAUAUUGACCACAUGAACCACCACUCACUUUGACAGAGUUUUAAGAUUCUUUCAUUUACUGUCAGUGUUAUUACCAAAAUAAACCCACCUUUUAUCUUUCAUACAGUCAGUGUUACCUUGUCAAUAGCGUCAAUAGUUGACUUUAUUCUAGGGCUGAAGCUGAAACCAGAUCAUUUCCACAGACUCCAAGAACUCUUUUUAACCUCAACCAGGUUUAGUUCAUGUUUGCUGCUAAAAAUCUCACUGACUGAGGGGUUCAUUCAUACUGGAGUUGUUGUUACCUCCGCCAAGGGGGUUAUGUUUUCGGUAGCGUUGGUUUGUUUGUUGGUUUGUUUGUUGGUCUGUUAGCAACUUUACGGAGAAAGUUACAGACGGAUUGACCUGAAAUUUUCACCAGAGGUGUGUCUCAGCCCCAGGAGGAUCCCAUUAAAUUUUGGUGGUGAUCCGGACGAAAUUCUGGAUACUGUGAUCCAGAACACACAAAAAUAAGGGUGUUGUUGGAAUUUUCAAUGCUGAACGAUAAGUAAUGGGCGGCACAGUGGUGUAGAUAGGUGGCACAGUGUUGUAACGGUUAGCACUGUCACCUCACAACCAGAAGGUCCUGGGUUUGAAUUCUGGUCAGGGUAUUUCUUGUUUUAGGAACAUUAUGAACAGUGAACAUACCAGUUUAAACACAAAUAAAAGUUAAUAAAAGACACGUAACAGUAAAAGUUUUGGUGUGAAUCACAAUAUAAGGGGGGACAUGAGCUGCUUGGCGGAGGUCUGCGCUCUCAGAGUGCUUUUCUAGUUGUUGUUGUAGCCACAAUCAGAAAAGAUACUUCCCCUUCAGUUCUCAGAAAAGAUGAAACGUGACAAACCAACAGACUUCAGAGGACUACAGUAUCAUCUUCUCUGUAUUCUGUCACAAUUUAGCCUUCAAGAGUUGAACUCUUUAAGGUCAGACUUGGAUUUUAUUACUUGUUUGUUUAUGUUUGUCACUGAGCAUGUCUGUAAUUUCUCUGUCAACUCUCUCUGUCUACUUAGCAGCACCUUUCAGACAUUUAUUGUAUCGAAACUUACAGUCUUCACAUCUUCAGUUUCCUCUCACCACGUCGUCCUCUCAGAGGUGAGAAACAUGUCUGUCACUGAGGCACCAAAGAGCUGCAGCAAGUGUGAACUGAAGUGUCUCUACAGGGAAGGAAAACCAAAGGACUGACAACAAUGUGCGUUUAUAGAUUUGGGGAGAGAUCAAACUUUAUUGACUGCAUCUUUAAAGGUGAAGGAAUGCUUCCUAGUGUGUCAUUGCAGUGGUUGUAGAAACAAAAGAGUCUCUCCUCUCACAAACGUAAACCUCAUGAAGUCACUCCUGAUUUAAUGUGACUUUAAGGUAGACAAAAGUCAGUCUCACUUUACUGAUCACAUCAUUUCUCUAUCUCAACAGUGACUUCCCCUUUAAUUAACUCUGUAGCCUUCAUGACAUUUCUCAUAAUGGGGUUCAUUUGCAUAAAAAGGGUAAAUUUGUCCCAUAACGGCAACUUAACGACUCAAAGACACAGUUUGUGGCGAAAUCAACCUAAUGUAUGCACUUUUUUUAUGCACAGUAUCUUUUCCCCUUUUUGUACAGGUUUGGAGGAUGCACAGAAGCUGCACAGUCGGACAUCUUUAUAAAUGUCCCUCAACCAACACGCUCACUGGGCAGAGAGAGGAAGUAUUGGCUGCUUUUCAUUAAAAUAAUGUUUUUGCUACUCAUUAAAUUAGGGUGUAAAUGUUGAUUGCAACAGCUAUGAUGAAAAAAAAACCCUUCAGGAUUAUUGAAAUUGACAGUAUGCUAUCUGUGUUUUUUUUUUUUUUUUUUUUACUGGGUACUUCCUCUUCGUUUCUCCGAAACCUUAAGCUCUCAGUUGUUUAUCUAGAAGUUGUUGCAUGUGUUUUUUUUUUUUGUAUCACGUGGAUGACAGAACGAUGCUGAGCUAAAAAUAAAGCAUUGGUGAUAAACUUCUAACGAAUGUGUGUUUCGUUUUUGUCAGUGAGGCAAUAAAGAGUAAAAAUUCUCAAUCUGUCAGUCAUUCAGGAUCCAUACUUUCCCCAUUGCACAUCUAACCUGUCACUCAAAAUGCAAGCCAUGCAUCCCUGUGACAUCUGUCUAAGGCUGUUAUUAAUGGAACUGAACACAGAUGGGACAAGGGCCCCAAUAAAGACCUGAGUAAGUCACAGUACACUGUUGAUUUGAGGAUUCUUGCCAUGCGGAUAAGGCUAGACUUUCCCACUGUGGGUUAGUUCGUUUCAGAUGAGUUCAUGUCCAGAGAAGCUGGUGACGUUUCUGGCUGUUGUUGAUAUCUGGCUUUGUCAUCGCAUGGUAGAGUUUGAACUUGUAGGUGUAGAGACCAACUGUGUUAACUGACAAUGGUUUUCUGAACUCCUCCUGAGCCCACACGGUAAAAUCGUUCGUAGAUUGAUGUGGGUCGCCUGAGCGGUCAAAGGUCACGAUAUAUCAGUAUUGUUUUUUUUUCUUUGAAUUCUCUGAAUCUCUUGAUUUUAUGGAGCAGAUGAUCAAAUCCAUAAAUUCCUGCAGUUGAACACAGAAAAUGUUGUUCUUAAACUGUUGGACUAUUAGCUCAUGCAGUUGUUGACAAAGUGGUGACCCUGUUCAUCUGUAUUGUGAACCAAACAGCUGUUUUUGGAGCUGUCUUCAAAUUUAUCCGACUUCUGAUGACCCUGAACCAUAAAGUUUAUCAGUUUGAACACCAAAUAUUUUGUCUUCAUGGAGGGUUUCAUUAAAUAAAGGCGGGAAAGGGUUUCGAAAUCGUUGUAUCUUGUUGCUAGUUUAUCUUUUGGGUAGUCAUACACAAGAAGACCAAUGAGCAGCUGACUCAUGUGGAGGAAGAGGAAGUAGAUUCUGCAUCUCUCUUAACAAAACAGACUCAGACACUUCUUGGUGUAAGAACAUGCGAGAGGGGAAGAAGACGGACAGAGAAUCAAAAUGAAUACGCUGAAAUGGAUUCAAAUGUCUGUAUAUCUGGCAGUGCUGCUCAAGUUCACAGGUAAGUUCACAUGUUUAUCUUAAUGUAACUUGGCUUACAACAACUCCAGAACUAUAACAGAAAGUUUUUAUUGUUCCUGCGUCAUUACUAACAUUUCUUGUUUCCUCUUGCUCUGUCAGGAGCAGCGAUGUCUCGGUCAAUGAAUGUCUACAGCACGGUCAGAGUUGGAGAGGACGUCAUCUUUGUCCCUGACGAUAUGCGAAUGAUUCUUAAAAACUGUCGCAAAUUUGACUGGAGUGUCCGUUACACGGGAAACACUCAAAUUGUAAAUUUGGUUACACGUGGGCAGAUCGCAAAAUGGGUUGGAUCUAUAUCAGACAGAUUGAGAGUUACAGAGGACUGUGGUCUGCUCAUAAAGAAGGUCACAGAGGAGGACGCAGGGGAAUAUUACUAUAGACAGCGGCUGGAAGGAAUCGACGUCCACGAUGGUCGUGUUUAUCUGUCCAUUGUGAGCAGUGAGUAUUCCUACCAUCAUGUUGUCAAGGAAACAUUAAGAUAAGAACUUGUUAGUGGUGAUCACAGCCCUGAACUGUAUUUUACAGUGACUGAAUGGAGGAACAUUGACUCUGUGAUGCUGUUCUGCUCCGUGACAACGCAUGAGGCAUGUAAACCCAAAGCAAGGUGGCUGUUAGACGGUAAAGAUGUGGGUAAACACUGCGGAGGUGAAACGCCACAGCCUAGCUGCGACGCUUAUGUGGCCCUUCAAACCGACCACGUGAACAAAUUAAGAUACGCCUCACUGAUGUGUGAAGUGGCUGUGGACGACUCGAUGGGGAUGUGUUUCUUCAGACUCCCACCCCCAGGUAAGAAGAUCUCCAUCAGUUUGAAGUCACCCACAAAAUUGCUGAUUUUGUUCAUGUACAGGUUGCCAGAAAAGAUCAAAAUCCACUAUUUUGAAUUUCCAGCUGCAGCUCCACCACCGUCUGAAAACAGGACAGAACAGAACAGUUCUGUUUUUCCAUCAGAAAACAGGACAGAGAGCAUCACUGCAUCGUCUGGAAACAACACAGCUUCAGAUGUCAAAGGUACCAACUCAAAACUUUUUAUCAACAAUUCUGAUUUUAUUGAAUUCUCAGCUGCCGAAUCCAUGAAAGCAGAAACACUUUCACAAACUGAUAACAGCUGGUGUCUCUGUUUGUUUGUUCGAAUUGAAGUUUCCUAGAUUUUGUUGGAUCCCUUAAUGGUUGGCUGAUUGAAAAAGUUCCCCAAAAUAACUUCUGUUUUAUCUACAGAUCUGAUUUUCCAUCAUAUAAACCAAAUGAUAGAAGAAAAUAAGCUCUUCCCACAGACAAGCAGCUUUACGUUACGUUUAAGUUUUACACAACCAAACAUGAGGUGGAAAGUAGAUAAAGAUCACUGAAGGCUCAAGCUUUGCACAUGUUGCACAACUUUUGUGGAUCAGUUUUUUUUACAGUCAUGCUGACAGCGCUGAAACACUGAUGGUGAAAGUGAUAUGAUAUCUGCAAAGUUUAAACUGAAAAAAAAGAAGAAAAAAAGAAAAAAAAAAUCUGCUUCUGCCUCAGGACUACUUUUAGACUGAACCAGUUUUUGUCCUGAAGUAAAAAAAAUACAUAUUUUAAUUACCAAGUUCAGUAAAUUCAGCAGAUUUGUCAUUACUCACUGUUGUCUCUGGGCUGUCUCUGCCAAACUUUCUGUAGUUUUCAAAAGCAUCUUUCAGGAGCACAGCAGCACUUGUCUUUUCCUCAGUGCUGAAACUAGCUGCAGCUACUUCGUCUAUCCUGACUUCAGGCAACUCUAAAGAUUUGUUGUGUUGAGGGUGAAGACUUUUCCUUGCAGCAUAUUUUGCAAAUAGCUGCUGUAACACCCUCCUCAGAAACCGUGUACACCCACUUCCUCAUCGCUAACACCACAUUAAUGUUUGGUCUCUAAAGUCAGCAGGGUUCGGUCUCAGGGGAUCAUGAGUCUGACUGAAGUGGUCCACCUCACCAGUGUGGCUAAACAUGUCCUGCACAUCUUAACUUUUGGGGAUGAUUUCUUUAUCAUCAUUUCCUCACAGUCUCUGCAUGUUGUUCUUCCCUGGACUGGAUCAUGUUGUCUCUGCGUGUGUCUGAACUCGUCCUCAUCACUGUGAUCACUGUUCUUCUCUUCAGAGCUUCAGGUGAGAACCUUCAGACCAACAUGAGUUCAGUCUGAUGUUGUUUGGAGCUGAAAUCUGUCUCUCUGCUUUUCUUUUCCAGGGAACCAAAGACCUCCUGAUGAUUUCACUGUGAGUAUGACAGAGUUAAGAGUUGGAGUUGUGAGAUCAGACUGAUCAGGUCUAAAAUUCAACCUUUCUUUUUUUCUUUGAAAUCCUCUGUUCAGGUGCAUGAUGAUGGAGACUAUGCCACGGUGAAGUAUGGAAAUGUUGGAGAGCCUUCAGCUUCAGUCAGACUCCACAGACCAACCAACUGAUGAUCCUCCUGCUUUCAAAGAGUUAGUCACAGAUUUUCACUUCCUAAAAAUCCAGAUUUCAUUUGUUAUUUUUUUCUGUAAAGUUGCACAAGUCAAUUAAUGUUGAAGUUUGUUUUGAUCCAAAUGUAAUCAGCUUGCUGUAGAAAUGAGAAGUUAUUUUUGUUUUGCCUCAUCACUAGAGAAAAUCUUUAGCGUCUGUGUCCAGUUAAGAGAUAAAAAAAAAACAAUAACAUGGAUGUAGCUGUGCAGAUUUAUUUUGUGCAUUUUUACAUAUAAGCUGUUGAUAUUAUUUUGUAUGUUACUGAGAUAUCUGAGUGUUUGAAGGGGAAGGAUGUUUGAUUAAAAGUCCUGUUGUUGUCUUCAGAGAGUCAAUGUUUGUCCUCUCUUUAUUAUAUCUGAUCACAGUGUCAUCUGCAAAUAAAGAAAUAUUAACCACCUUUAUUUAACAGUGUUUCGUGGUUCCUUCAUUUGCUAACAAAGUUAGAAUAAUCAGAUAAACAAAUGCUCAGAUAAAAUUAAGCUGCACCAAAUAAAACUUAAAGAGUAACUUUACACCAGGGUUUUUAAUGACAAUGAAAACUAAAGGAAUUUCCACCAUCCAAAAAAAAAAAAAAAUUCUCGAGCAUAAAAACAAAUAAGUCUUUUCAAAUGGUUAAAAAAUAUUAAAAUAAAAUUACAGAGAAAAUGGAGAUUGUUUACAAAAGUUUUCACUAAAUUGUUGACAAAAAUUAGGAGAGAUUCAAACCGACUAGAUUUUAACUUGAACAAGAGAUGGAAAGACAAGACAAUGACUAAAAUCAUUUAAAAAUUCCUUAUCAAAAUUAUCACUGCUGAAUGAUCAUAACAUUGUUAAAUCCCCCCUCACCAUUAUGAUGGCAGUAAAUAUUAUAUAAGUUUUUUUUUUUUUUUUUUUUAACACUGCCAUUGGAAAAAUUAAACCAACAGGUAAUUUUAAUUUUUGUGUUUUACUGGAAAAACAAAACAAAAAAAACAAAUUGAAUUGAAUCUUUUUUUAAACAGUCAUCCAUGAGUCAAGUGUUUUUCAUCAAGGUUAAAAUCAGACCUGCUCAUUCUGGUAGAAUAAUAUUUACAACCCUUUUAAACACUAUACUUUAUGUUCUGUUAUUUCUUCACUUUGUUGACGGUGGCGUAGAGGCUGCUGGGAUCCAUGGAGGCUUCAACAGCAGCAGCAGCAGUAGAAGAAGAAGAAGAAGGAGAAGUAGAGGCUUUCACAGUGACAUAGGUCACAGCUCGAUCUUCAUCAUUCUCAUUGACUUCACUCAGAACCUGAAGAAGAGAAAGUGGACCCUUUGUCAUAUACUGAGCAUUCUGCUGUAAUCUCGGCCCUCACAUGUAGAUGUGAUCUUGGAUAGUUAAUCUGUUUAGUGAUUUACAUCCUGCAUCACCUUGACCAAUCAGAGGGCUUACCCGAGCUUGACUUUUGUUCCUCUUGGUGUAGCUGAUGGAGGCAUAGGUGACACCAUCUUCAGGAUCGGCCUGCUCAGAGAAGACAGUACUUAAGUAUGUAGUACCCAUGACUGCGUAAGGACCAUAGACUGUAUAUAGAAUGGACGCCGUCUGUCUCCUCACUGGGUGAAGCCACCCCAAGAACAGCACCCUCUGGUGACAGACUGCGGUAUAGGUCAUAAAUCCCGCCUCCUCCAGUCAUCCCUAUGGAGUUGUGGACAAACUUUAGAAAUUUAUUACUCAGAGUAUAAUUUUUUCUCCCAGCUUCUUGCGAUGUUGACAUGUAGUUAUUGUAAGACUGGUUUGUACUCAAGUCCUCUUUUUUAUGUACAGCUCCAUUUUUAAAAUGUUUUCUAUGAUUGACACUUGAUACAGCCUAUGGGUGUAUGAAGAUUGCGUAGCUUACCCGGGGAAUAUGCUGUUUGAGCCAAGCAUCAUCACAGCAACUCUCGGCGACACUCCCGCUGAAUGCGUACAAUGCUACUGCGCAAUGUUGGUUUCAGGAAAUGGAGAAAAAACGCAGAAUUACAGAGAGCUUUUUGGCUUCAAAUCCAUAUAGUGACAGAGGGCGGAACCUAGAUGAGCUAGGCUCAAACAGCGUGUCCCCAGGGUGAGCUACCCAAUCCUUGUACACCCAUAGGCUGUAUCAAGUGUCAAUCAUAGAAAACAUGAAUCCCCAAUAACAUUUAAAAAUGGAGCUGCACAGAAAAAAGAGGACUUGAGCACAAACCAGUCUUACAAUAACUACAUGUCAACAUCGCAUGCAGCGGGGAGAAAAAUUUAUAUUCUGUGUAAUAAAUUUCUAAAGUUUGUCCACAACUCCAUAAGCUUUGCUGGAGGAGGCGGGAUUUAUGACCAAUACUGCAACCCGUCACUGUUUUUGGGGUGGCUUCACCAAGCGAGGAGGCAGAUGGUGUCCAUUCUAUAUUGCCAUUGAAUCACCAGGGCCCCCCAUGUCAUUGGCCCUAAAGAACAAUUCCCUCCUCUACGGUAGCUUAAGAGUCUGAAUUUGAACCCAUCACAGUUUGAUUAAUCCAACUCUUCUCAGCUACAGAAUAAAAAUGGUGAAGUCUUUUUAAACUCACAGUGUCGCUGUUCUUCUGUGUUUUGUUCCCUGAAAAGACAAAAAAAAAAAGAGACUGAACUUUAGCUUCAAAACAGAAACAAACCUUGAUCAGUCUUUCUGGAAAUAAACUUUCAAGUGUGAUCUUACCGUCAGCUUUCUUCCAUCUGAUGAAAGUCACAGCAGAGAUCAAAAGUGUCAUUAAAACUAGCACAGCCACAGUAACAUACAACCACAGCCAAUCUGGAACGAUAAUAAAAAUAUUGAAGCAUGUUUGGAGAGUUCAGUUUCUAAUUUCUCUAUUUAUGUUAUUUAUGUUAAAUUAGUCACAACAGUUAAAGUGACUUUAAACAGAUCAAAAUCUUCUCACCUGGUUUUUCACCUGAGGGCUGAAGUCUGAAGGGAAACAGCUUCACUUUGUCACCUACAGUCACUUCACACUGCAGUGAGUCGAGUCUGGCUCUGUCCACAUCCUGAGCCACUUCGAAGGUCGCAGAGGUGGUGCAAGGAGGCUGGGUUGUCCUCAUACUCUGAUGAUGUUUAUCUACAACUUCACCAUCAAACAGCCACCUCACUUUCGUUUGAAGAUGUUCAUAUGUCCACAACGAGCAGAUUAUUGUCACAGAAUCGUUGUUCUUCAGUUUGGUCACUGUUGAAGAUAGAGAUGUUUUUAGAAAGACUGUGAUCAUGAUUCUUGUAACAUUUCAGUUUACAGUGUGAGUUGAAAACAUGAUGGAAAUACUCACUGUUAACCACAGACAGAUAAACAUGAGCAUCAGGUCCUUGUUUUUGUUCUGAUGGGUACUGUUGACAGUAAUAACGCCCAGCAUCCUCCUCUCUGACCGUCUUUAUCAGCAGAGUACAGUUCUCUGUAACACUCAGCCUGUCUGAUUUAGAUCCAACAUCUUCACCGAUCUGCCCGAGUUUAACCAGUUCUGUUGAUUUUGUUUGAUUACUGAAGAGCCAUGUGGUAAAGUUACACUCAGGUUGAUCUUCUAUCAGGUUAUCACAGGUCAAAGCGGCGUCACCUCCAGCUUUGACAGCAAGGUAGAGAGGUUGGAUAUCAGCUGCUACUGAUGGAAAUGAGAGAAAAUCAAAGAAAGAAAGUGAAUUUAAAAAAAUUGUACUUUCAGUGUGGUUGUAAUAUUCUCAAAGGCGUCAUGCCAGCGACUAUGACUGUCAUGAUAUUUUCACCUCACAACUAUCAUAGCCACAGAAUAUCACAAAAACAGACACAGUCAGUCAUAUUCAUGAUAAAGGUAAAGCAACAUGUUACCACAUUAACUGAUCUUAUAAAUGCAAUUACCUUACAAACAUCAUCUGUUUCUAAUAAUAGUUAAAUUCUUGUUUCAUCUUUUCUGUCUUGGCUUUCAUUACUGUAUGGCCAAAUUGUGCUUUUAUUUUGAAGGAUGAACUUCCUCUGGUUGAUCAUAAGUUACAGACCUGAAUCAAAACAGUAAAAAGAACUUUAAGAAGGUGCAAAAGUUCAUUUGACUCUUUUAAUAUCGACUUCAUAACAAAGUGUAAUAUAAAUUAUGGUUAGAUACUAAGAAACAGUCUCAGCAUCCUUGUGCUGAGUGACAGUUUGGGUCACAAUGGGCUUUGAAAAUUGCUGAUCAUGUCUUUAGUUUCUGGCAUCAGGAGCUAAAAUCAACUCAUGAAUGAUGUUUGCCAGAGUAAGUCUUAGAGCACCUUCAUAUAUUACAUCAUAUCAGUGUUCUUACCUGUCAAGUGAAGCAGAGCUGUUAGAAAUAAAGACGUCUGAAUCCAUUUGAACUCCAUGAUGGUGAUCGUCCGUCUCUCUUCUUCUGCUCACUGAAGUCUGAGUUUCUAAAACCAGCUUCAGAGGCGCUGAAGCUAUUUCCCUUUCUCUGUAUGAUGUCACUUCCUCAGUGUCUGUGUUAAGAUUUUUCUCUCUAAACUUCUGUUGAAAUGACGGUAAGACAUAUUUUUAGUGUCUGACGAGGUUUUUAAGUGGUCAGAGGUCACAGCAGUCAGAUUAAGACCCUGAUCAGUGCGUAAUAAGGACCAAGAUGGUUUUUCAGAGAUCUGUCAAAGCCAUGAAGAGGAUGUACUGUACAUAAAGGAUGUGGUUAGACCAAAGAAAAGCAUCUGCUAAUUUCAAUUAAUUAACCCCUUGAAGGUUUUGCAACAAACAUUAAAACUCGAGGAUCAUGAAACUCUCUGUGGGAUAGGGGAGAGUGGGGGAAGUUGAGCCAAAGGGUAAGUUGAGCCACCCCCUGUUGCUUGGAAAUGGUAAAAGAAAUUGAUCAUGUGACCAAAUAUUUAGGAGAUGGGCAUCAAUUCAUGGAGUUUGUGAAGGUUAGAAGCACAUUGGUGAAGGGGUUAGUCAUUUAUUUACAAAAAACUUUUUUCACUCUUGAAAGUGAAUUUUGUCUGUCAUAAGUUUUAUUAGAAUUGUGGUAUCUAUGAGCUACAACAUGAGGUCAAUAAACAAGCAUAAAAGUCCACCAUUUUAGCUUAGAGGACUAAUAAAGUCAGAAUAGUAGUUCUGGGGUAAGUUAAGCCAGUGGCUCAAGUGAGAAAGUAAAGGAGUCUGAUGAGAGGAUCAGAGUUUCAGUUCAGAUGUUGAAAUGUUUGUCUUUUUCUUUCCAAAAAUACAGCUGUGAAUGUUCUGAAUCACUUAAAGACAUUCUCAUGUUAAAAUGGCUUUUUACAAAACAGCUUUUUAGCAGUUAUAUGCAACAAUAACAGAAUUAUUGUACCAGUUGAAUAGCGUAUAAUAGAUAAAAAUACACAUGAAUGUGAAGAAGUGAUUGCUAUUUAGGGAGAGAGAAGGUGAGGGAGGGCUGGGGUGGAGAGUGAGGGGGUAGUAGGGAUACGGCUCAACUUACCCCGUGUAUGGGGUAAGUUGACCAUAGGAGACCACUUUUUUUGACAUGCUAUAUUAUCAAGACAGUUAUGUUAACACUCAUUCUGUUGGUUUGCAGGGAUGCGCAACAUCUUGAAAUAUAUGCAGAUACACUAGUUAAAGACAAAAUUAUGAUUGCCUUGAUGUAGUGAUCCGAAAUAUGAAAAAUGGCUCAUCUCACCCCACUCUCCCCCACAGAUUAAUAGAUCAAGCCUUUCACAUCUGAAAAUACAAAAAAAAAUUCUUUACACCUGCUAAAGAAAUGUCACUUUAAUCAUAGUAAUCAGUUUGGGUCUGAUACUGACGCCAAUAAAGCAGAUCUUAAUGUACAGCAAGCUUGUUCCUCUGAGUCCUUCCAACACCUCAGAAAUGAAGUCUGUAUUUAUUUCUUUAAAUCUGCACUAAAAAUGUUAAAUGUUUGAGAAUAACUGAGUCUUUAUUGCGACGUCAUCUCCGUCACAGGAGGUCUGUGGUUCCCUGGAAAAGAAAGCAGAGAGACAGAUUUCAGCUCCAAACAACAUCAGACUCUGACCCUCAUGUUGGUCUGAAGGUUCUCACCUGAAGCUCUGAAGAGAAGAACAGUGAUCACAGUGAUGAGGACGAGUUCAGACACACGCAGAGACAACAUGAUCCAGUCCAGGAACGAACAACCUGCAAAAAUUAAGAUGUGCAGGACAUGUUCAGCCAAACUGGUGAGGUGGACCACAUCAGCCUGAUUCCUGAUCCCCUGAGACUGAACCCUGCUGACUUGAGAGAUCUUCUCCUGCCAGCAGGUUGUUGUCAAGGAUGUUUUGUUCACAAGCAAGCUGACAACAGCCAAUGGGGCAUCAGUGGUGAGGAAGUGGGUUUACGCGGUUUCCGAGGAGAGUGUUGUAGCAGCUAUUUGCAAAAUGUGCUGCAAGAAAAAGUCUUCAUGCUCAACACAACAAAUCUUAAGAAUCGCCUGAAGUCAUCCUUUUAUUGAUGUUGUCAGGAAAGAGGAGGCUGCUGCAGCUGUCGCUCACAUCAGCACCAAGGAAAAGACGAAUGCCGUUGAACAUCAGUCUCACUGACAUUUAUAACAUAAAGCUCGAGUGAACAACUAUAAGGCCUGCUGACUUCAAUCACAUUAAAUUAAUUAAAAAUAGUCUGUUAUUAUUUAUUUCCUGAUCCUUGUAAACUGAAUUUAUAUUCUUCCAUCAUUAUUUGCUCUGUAACCAGGAGCUGUUGUUGUUUUUGCUGUUGCUGCUGUCCUCUCUCUUUCUCUCUUUCUCCCUCUCUCUCUCUCUCUCUCUUCCUCUCUAUCUCUCUCUGUGUUCUCUCUCUCAUCUCUCAUCUCUGUCAGCAGCAGCAGGUGCUGUCUAACACAAGUCGGGUCCUGCCCAAGGUUUCUGCCCAUUAAAGCGAAGUUUUUCCUUGUAACUGUCACUCAUGUAGGAUGAGAUGGGUCAAAUCUGUUCCAUUUUAAGGUUGAGUCAAACAAUGGGUGUGGUCUAGACCUGCUCUUUUCUCGGGAUAACAGUUGUUGUGAUUUUACACUGUAAAAAAAAUGAUUGAUUGUGCUCCUAAAAGAGGUUUUUGGUAACUGCAGCAGAAAGUUUGGCAGAGAUGGUCCAAUCUGCUGGAUUAACUGAAUUUGUGUAUCAUUUGCUCCUCCAACCACUUGUUUAGCAUUAAAUCUGGUUCAGAUUGACCCCUGAAGAUGAGGAGUGAAUCCUCCUCUAGGGAGUCCAGUUUUCCCAGGCUCUUGUUCAUGAGACACGAGUGUUGCGCCAAAGCAUUAUGGCAAAGUUUUCAGGUUCAACCUGGACCUAACCUUCACCUGUCGUUAUAAGUUGAGGGUGGUGAACAGAUACAUUUCUUCUGAAGGGUGUCUUUAUUUUGAGCGAGCUCCCGGGAAAGCUCCAGGUCAAACUGUUACUCCUUCAUAUUAGAAAAAUGCCUGUGGCGCCUCCUUUUGGGGAUCUGCCAAGCACAUCCAACCUGUAGGAGAUUCCAGGGUCGACCCAACUCACUGAGAGGACGAAUGAAAGCUGGCAAGGUGAGAACUUUGUAUAGGAAGAGCUGAAAGUGGUGCUGGGAAGAAGGAUGCUCCAAGAGGUUGGUGCCAACAUCCACCCAACCAAGACAAGUGGGAGAAAAUGAAAGGGUGGAUGAAUAGAUGAACUGGAGCUGUAUCUGUGCACCAUUGAUUUUUCAUGAAGCAUCAAUGUCACGAUGAAAUUAAGUUUUAAUUCACUUCCACUUCUUGGAGAAAUGAUGAAAAUGAAAUUAAGACUUUCACAACAACCUCGGCUGUUUUAAGUUGGAAAGUUGUUUUGACUGCAUGUGUUUGAUAACUGAGUUUAGAAUGAAUAGACGUGAAAAUUGCUGACUCACCACCAUGUAGAUUUGCUGAAUCCUCAUUGAUUGUAGACUCUGUUGUUGUAAUUCUUUUUUCGAAGCUUCUUCCAUCUAAAACAGAAAAAAUGGUCCAGAAAUAGACUUUUGAUCAGAUCUACGAAUGAAGUUCAUGUUGAUUUUUUAGAAUAAUACUGAAACGAUUUUAAAGUCGCUGUAAACACAUUAAAAUCUUCUCACCACACACACACACACACACACCAGUCCGACGAUCGCUGCUACGGGGUGGGGGUUGCGAUCGUCGAAGGGGGGGGGGGGGGGGCAGCUCCUCUGCCACCGUUAAAGAUGGGGCGGCUGUGCCACCACCCGUUUUUCUGGCAUCUGCCCUCUUUCUGUUUGCUGAGUGAAAGUCUAAUAUUGAGUGUAGUGUGUGUUAGUUUAAUAUAUGUACAUAUACAUACUGAGAGUUAGUUUAAUAUUCCUAAUCAUUUAACGGAACAUCAUAAGAGAGUAACAUUUUUGAGUGUGAAAAGAGCAUUUUCUAAGGGAUCAAACUGCCACUUAAUACUUACUUGACAAUGUAAAACAUGAUCAAAAUAAUUCAAGCAGUUUCCCUGCAACAGUCUGUCAUUGUGAUUGCACGAGACUAGAUUUAAAGUUACGCAUUGACGCGCGCAGCGAUUUCCUCCCAUGCCCUCUCCCUCUCCUUUGCAGCUGCUGCUGUAUUGCACUUUCUUUUAAAAACGUGCUGUAAUUCGCUGUUGGCUUGCUGCUGCCCCCUCCUUCUCCCUGUUUCCAUUGGUUGAUCAUUGAAUCUGCGCUCCACAGAUGCUGGCUGUUUAUGUCUGGCGUGCACGUGCUUAACUCCAGGUCAAACUACUCGGAGUUGUUAAAACCGUCUCAAAUCAGGUGUUGUGAAACCGGAAACUCAGAGUUUCCUAACUCAGAGUAGAUCAACUCAGAGUUAAGGAUUUAACUCAGAGUUUGUUGAACCACCUACGUGAAACGGACCCCUGGUUUCUCUUCUGAGGGCUGAAGUCUAAAGGGAAACUGCUUCCUUCUGUCACCUACAGUCACUUUACACCGCAGUGACUCAAAUCUGGAUUUGUACACAAACUGAGUGAUCUGGAAGUCAACAGAGGAGCUGCAGGAAGGCUGUGAUGCUGACAUAUUUUGAUGACGCACACCUACACCCACGGUUUCUCCAUCGAACAUCCACUUCACUGUGUCGCUACAACAUUCACGUGUCCACACAGCGCAGAUCAAUGUCACAGAAUCACCAGUCUUCACUUCAGACACUUAGGAUUGGAAAAAAAAGGUGUAUGUGUGAUCAUAAUUCUUGUAAUGCUUAAGUUUACAGUUUGAGCUGAAACAUGAUGAUAGAAAUACUCACUUUUAACAACGGAGAGAAAAAUAACAGUGUCAGGUUGCUGGUUUCCUCUUUGAGGGUACUGUUGACAUUCAUAAUGCCCAGCAUCCUCCUCUCUGACCUUCUUUAUCAGCAGUGAACAGUCCUCUGUAACACUCAGUCUGUUUGAUUUAGAUCCAACAUCUUCACCAAUCUGCCCGAGUUUAACCAGCUCUGCUGUUCCUGGGUCAGUAAAGUGGCUGAAGGUCCAUGUAGUAAAUCCACACUCAUGUUGAUGUUUCAUCAGGUUUUCACAGGUCAAAGUGACAUCAUCUCCAUCUCUGACAGGGAGGUCAAGAGUUUUGACUUUUGCUGCUGAAAUAUGAAAAAAUUAUGAGAAUUUAAAUCAGUGGGAAAAUGUUUGUUGUGUUUUAUUCCAAUCUUGUUGUGUUAAAAGUCAAAUAGUUAAAAAAGCUCCAUUAAUUUACCUGUGAUAUCAGUGUUCUUACCUGUAAAGUGAAGCAGAGCUGUUAGAAAUAAAGACAUCUGAAUCCAUUUGAACUCCAUGAUGAUGAUCGUCUGACUCUCUUCUUCUGCUCUCACGCCUACGACUGUCUGAGUUUGUAAAGUUGUUCUAUUUAGAGAGACACUUCAUCUACUUCCUGUUCAUAGUAUGGUGUUAUUUCCUCAAAGUGAUCGUGAUAUCUGUAAGAAAUCAUUUUAGCAAACUUAAAAGAGCAACUAAAAUAAUCAAACAUUUGAUCCUCCAGAAUUGUGAACGUUUAAAGUAAAGAUGGUAAUUUGUGCUUUGAGAUAUGUUGAGUCUUCGGUGUUUGAGUUUUCUGAGAACUGAGGGGGAAGAGUGCGGACACAGAGAAAAAAACCACAGCAGCUGCAGAGCUCUGUCAGAAAAAAAACAACAAAAAACGACCCCUCUAAUAUCCAGAAAAUAUCCAGAUAAACACAUUGAAUAUAAUAUUUUAAAGACUAAAAAACUAAAAGUGAAACAUAACAAGGUUUAACUGAUUGUAAAAAAGGGUCAAAGAUGUUCACUGUGACUCAAACACUGUCAGUAAAUGUAGAAAGAAUCAAACAGUCUGUAGAAAUGAGUGAUCAAUAUUUCUUUAUUUGCAGAUGACACUGUGAUCAGAUAUAAUAAAGAGAGGACAAACACUGACUCUCUGAAGACAGCAACAAGACUUUAAACCAAACAGCCUUCCCCUUCAAACACUCAGAUAUCUCAGCAAUUUACGAAAUAAUAUCAACAGCUUAUAUGUAAAAAUGCACAAAAUAAAUCUGCACAUCUACAUCCAUGUUGUUGUUUUUUUUUAUCUCUCAACUGGACGCAGACGCCAAAGAUUUUCUCCAGUGAUGAGACAAAACAAAAAUAACUUCUUUCUACAGCAAGCUGAUACAUUUGGAAUAAAACAAACUUCAACAUUCAUUGAUUUGUGCAACUUUACAGAAAAAAAGAACAAAUGAAAUCUGGAUUUUUAGGAAAUAAAAAUACGUAAAUAAAUGUGUGAAAGCAGGAGAUCAUCUGUUGGUUGGUCUGUGGAGUCUGACUGACGUUGAAGGCUCUUCAACAUUUUCAUAUGUCACUGUGACGUCGUCUCUGUCAUAACACACCUGACAGAAAAAAACAGAGGAGCUCAAAGAGAAGAAAAGAAAUGUUGAACUUUAGACCUGAUCAGUCUGAUCUCACAGCUCCAACUCUGAACUCUGUCAUACUCACAGUGAAAUCAUCAGGAGGUCUGUGGUUCCCUGGAAAAGAAAGCAGAGAGACAGAUUUCAGCUCCAAACAACAUCAGACUCUGACUCUCAUGUUGGUCUGAAGGUUCUCACCUGAAGCUCUGAAGAGAAGAACAGUGAUCACAGUGAUGAGGACGAGUUCAGACACACGCAGAGACAACAUGAUCCAGUCCAGGAACGAACAACCUGAUAGGAAACAGAGCAUGAUGGGAGCUCAUUUCUCGUCCCUUAAAAGCGUUUGGUCAGUGUAAUGAAUGUUAUUUGUGGGGAGCAUCUUAGCGCUCAACUAUCUUUGUUAGAUGUCGGGGCAUUGUGGGUACCAGGAGCUCAGGAGCAUGCGUAGUAACACCUCCUAUCAUUGUUGUGGAGUUACCAUCUUUGCCAGUCAAGUACACAGAAACGAAGCCUCGGACUCAGUGUGUGUUUAAUGUCAGUAUAAAAGUCUACAGACAUUAAAGUCAGUAUGAGAGAAAACAGAUUUGUAAACACUGAUUUCUCAGAGGUUACAGGUGGAGCUUUGAAAUCAGUCUAUCAUUAUUUAUGACACCAACAAUCAAAACUGGAAAACCAACAACAUCAAACAGAGAAACAAGCUGCAGUCCGGAUCUGAAAGUUCUUCUGACUGCACUUAUUUGUUACCUGAGAAUUUAAAUGCUGACUCACCACCAUGAAGAUUUGCUGAAUCAUCAUUUAUUGCAGACUCUGUUGUUGUAAAUCCCUUUAUGAAGCUGCUUUCAGUCGGUGUGAUGAAGUGUGUUGUUCCUGUGUCCUUACCUAAAACUGAAAAAAGUUUGAUUAAGUCUUUGAAUAAACUUGAUGUUGAUAUUUGAAAAUAAAACUUAAAAAACUUCCACUUGAAAUGAGUCAUAGUGCCUCACCUGGUUUCUCUCCUGAGGGCUGAAGUCUGAAGGAAAACACUAAGUUAUCUACAGUCACUUCACACUGCAGUGACUCAUAUCUGGAUCUGUACAUGUGGUGAUCAGGCUGAAAACUCACAUCGGCAAAGCAGAGACCCCAUAAAGUCCUCAUACUUUGGUAAUGUUCAUCCACAUCUUUACCCUCAAACAGCCACUUCACUUCAGUCCUGAGAUGUUCAUGUGUCCACACAGAGCAGCGAACAGCCACCCUAUCAGCAUACUGUAGUUCAGUCACUGUUGAAAAAAUGAGAUAUUGCAAGAAAGACAAAAAGCAGUCAAAUAAAGUUGAAACUGUGAUUCCAUAUUUUUGUGAUAUUUCAGUUUACAAUUUGAGCUGAAACGUGAUGAUAGAAAUACUCACUUUUAACGACGGAGAAAAAAACAACAGCGUCAGGUUCUUUUUUUCCUUCUGGUGGGUACUGUCGACAGUAAUAACGCCCAGCAUCAUCCUCUCUGACCUUCUUUAUCAGCAGAGAACAGUCCUCUGCCACACUCAGUCUGUCUGAUUUAGAUCCAACAUCUUCAACAAUCUGCCCGAGUUUAACCAGCUCCUCUGUUGUCAAGUUUUUAAAGUGGCUGAAGGUCCAUGUAGUAAAUUCACACUCAUGUUGUUUUAUCAGGUUCUCACAGGUCAAAGUGAUGUCAACUCCCACUCUGACAGUGAGGUCGAGAGGUUUGACUUUUGCAGCUGAAAUAUGAGAAAAUUAUGAGAAUAUAAAUCAGUGAGAAAAUAAGUGUUUGCUGUGUUUUAUUUCAAUCUUGUUGUGUUAAAAGUCAAAUAGUUAAAAAGCUCUUCUAACCCACCUGUGAUAUCAGUGUUCUUACCUGUAAAGUGAAGCAGAGCUGUUAGAAAUAAAGACAUCUGAAUCCAUUUGAACUCCAUUACAGUUAUCCUCUGUCUCUUCUUCUGCUGUCACACUCACAACUGUCUGAGUUUGUUAAGUUGUCCUUAUUUAGAGAGACGCUUAUCGCCCUUCCUUUUCUCAGCAUGACAUCACUUCCUCUCAUGACUUAGAUCAUGUAUGUUAAGAUUAACACUUCUCUAAACUUGUUGCUGUGUCAAAAUGGUCAAAAACUGUGUACGCCGCUUCUUGUCUGGUAGUUAAUUAAAUGUCGUUAAUGCUGCUCCACUGACAGCGGUGAUAAAGUGAUGAUGAUGAAGAUGGUCAGGAAAGAGGUCAAAGGUCACAGCAGACUGAUGAGUUUCCUGUUAAACUGGAAUUAUUGCGCAAUGAUAGAUAUGUGACUAAAUGGAGGGGGGGCAGUGCUUUGGCGACAGGGACUUUUUUUUUACCUCUUGAUGAGGAACCAGGAAGUCGACAGACUUUUUUUCUUCAGCCAAACCAUUCAGAGGCAACUUAGAGAGAUUUUCUUAGGUGUAAACCAUGGAAACAAGACAAAAAACAAACUUUUUCACCCUCCAAAACUGAGUCGAGUUGUAUCUGGGAACUGGAGGUGGGGAGAUAUUUUGUUGAGACUGUGGGAACAAAACCAGUGAGUUGCGUGAAGUUUUUUUAUCUAUAAAAAUUACAACAAAUAGUCAAAGAACAACAAAGCAAGAUAUUGAAGUCAAGAUUACAGGCGUCUGAGGCAAAGGAUUUACACGGACAUGAACAUGUUGACAGAUCUUUAGAGCAAACCGUGAUAUCAGAUAUAUGAGGAAGUUGAAUUCAGACCAGACCAAAAUUAGUUCAGCUGUGGUGACAAAUCCACCAAGAACUUUUUAUUUACUGUGCAAAAUGUGAAAACUGUUUAAGUGCCAGACCAGACAGAGCACACUAAACACAGUACUGAGAAAGAUGUGCAGUUACAGUAGAUCAGACUGUAUAAAAUCUGCUUUGGGGACCUCCAUAUCAAGAAGUCAUGUGAUGAAAUGGUCUGUGACAGGUACCCUGAAUAAAAAGUUGUGUUUUGGAUUAUAAGUUUCCAUGUGAAUAUUAAUUAUUAAUUCAAGAAACAGUCAAGCAUAUAAAACAAACAAAUAAACAAAAAAACACCUCUAAAAGUAGCCCUGAUUGUUAUAUUCUGGGUUUGUUUUUGGUGCACUUCUCUAUGUUAAGAAAGUCUUGUUCUGAGAAAAGAGCUGCUCAACCCAACACAUAGAGGAUUUCCUUUUAAGGAGUUAAGUUUCAUCAAUGAUGAUGGAUGAUAAUGGUUAAAAAUGUUGACUCACUACGACACAGACAGAGUGUAAAUAAAGCGAUCAUAAAACACAGACCUUAUCAGUAAAUAUUUCUUUAUUUGUAGAUGACACAGUGAUCAGACAAAGACAAAAAGUUAUCUAUCAGAAGAAACUAAAAAAGUAACUACACAUACAGAUUAGAGGGAAGUGAUUUUGUCUGAAAAUCCUCAAAAGUGCAUCUGUAGAUAUUUGUUAGCAGUUUAAUAAACUGAAUGCAGAAACAAGAAAAUUCCCCAAAUCAUAAAAUAAACAUUUUUAAACCUCUAAUUCUGCUAUUGGGCUCAUAUCUGCCAAGUUUGGUGGCUCUCCAAGUAUUUUAAGCCCCUCAAUAACCAACUUCCUGUUUCAUUACAAUGAAUCUCAUGUGUCUACAUUUGUAGAUACAUGACUUUCAUGAUGUAAAACCUCAUAAGGUCUAAACUGGGGACCAUCUCUAGCGAGUUCAUGUCCGUGUGAAAGAUGUUGAUCAGUGGAGUCUGACCGAAACAGAAGGUACUCCAACAUUUUCAUAAGACACCACGCCGUCAGUUUUAUCAGUUUACGCCAGCAAAUUGAGAAAAGGAUUGAAAAUACAUAAAGGUUGAAUUUGACACCAAAAAAAAAAAACAAUGUCCAAAGUCCAUGUGGUUUAAAGCUCACCAAGUUGUCAUAUCUCUGAGUUCUUUCCCCCUAUAGAGACAUUAAAAAAAGUCCACUUUAGCUCCCACAAAGAAAAUACACGAUCAUAAUAAACCCUGAAAUUUUAAUGCUUCAUGUUAAGUUGAUCUCACCUUUAGUUCUUGUCCAAACACUGACUGUCACAACAGUUACAGUGAGAGCUGAUAAACCCACAGACACUAAGAGAAACCUCCACCAGGCUGAAAGGCAAUCAAACAUUUGAAACACUGUGGCUCUAGAUUUCUACUCUUUCCCUCAGAGAUUUCUCUACUUACAAUGUCAAGAAGAGUAACAAGCUGCUCAAAGUUUUUCUGACUGCAACUCCUUAAAGGGGACCUGCCACCAAAAUUUCAUACCCAUUUUUAUCAAUUUUUCAUAAUCCUUGAUGUCCUCUGAUCAUGUUUGCAACAUAAUUUUAGCUGAAAAGUUAUUUGAUGGUUUGUUUUAGUAUGCCUAAAAAACCUUACAGGAAAACCAACUGGUUUUGGCUCAUUAACAUUUAUGGUAAUGAGCUUUGCUCUGAUUGGAUCGCUGCUGUGAAGCCUGCUGUGCUCUGAUUGGCUCAGCAGUGGAGGUUCGGAUUUCGGUUUAUCCACUGUUAUUAUGCUAAUGCUAAUAGCAUAUGCUAAUGUGUGCUAAAGUAAGGUGCCCAGAUGUCUGUAAUGAUAUCCGGGGAUAUUCGGUGCGGCGGCGGUGGUGCAGGGGCUGCAGGGGCUGUGUGAUCACAGACAAAGUCUCGGUACUAUUUAGUAGCAGCGCAUGCCCCUUGUAAUAACCCCGUAAGAACUGUUGUUCAGGACUGCUAACUAAAUUCGGCUACUGUAAUAACCGGUGUUCGAGCCCACACGCAACAUUUUUGCUCUCAUUAAUGAAACGCUUAAAUCGGGGACAUUUUCGGGGACAGCUUUUGCCGGGGACAGAUCAUCCAAUACGGGGACUGUCCCCGGAAAUCGGGGACGUCUGGUCACCUUAUGCUAAAGGCUAAAAACGGCAGGUAUUAAACCAUAUAUUUUAGACCCCGAGUCCGAAGAGGAGGUGGAAGUUGAGGAAGAAGCCGGAGAUCUCCAGCGGUGUUUUCUCAUUCAUUUUCCCGGCAGUGAACCGAAGGAAACACCGAUCGUUUGGAAGAGACCCAUAGCGGAUUCAGCGGUAGCUGGGUCUCGCUCUGGCUGUGACUGAGUACGAGAACGAGAGAGUGGGCGCGGCUCACCGAGGACGCGCUCGUGAAUAAUAAUGAGCAAGGUCGGCGCAACGUAACUUCGACGGGCUUUUUCAAUUGGCCUGGUUUACUCGUUCCUUGAUUUUAAACCUUUACAGAAUGCAAACGACGUAACGGUUUUUUUUCACAUGUACAACAUAAGACGAACGUAAUAUGGACCUUAUAUGACACAAAAAACCCCAAAAAUUACAUUUUUAUGGCAGGUCCCCUUUAAUAUCUGAGAGUUUAGUGAAAAAAAAAGAUUAAAUUAAUGUUGGUAGAAAGUGUGGAGCCAGUACCUGUUACAUUUGAAGCUUCACUGUCUGUGGACACCACUGUGCUCUCCGUUGUUUCUCUGUUUCUAGUCAGUUUAGGAGCUGCUGUCGUUGGUAAUACAGUUUGAGCUCUUCUCGGGGUGGCUGUUGUUGAUCUACCGCCCUCUCCUGAGUGAAUAGAGCCAAUUCAACAAUUUCAAUUAAAAAAACAACCAAAUCUUCAGGUUGAUAAUUAUGUUAGUUUAAAGGGAUAUUCCAGUGUGAAAUUAAUUUAGGGUCAAACACACUGUAACGCUGGGUUAGACACCCCUCGAGAGAUGAAUGUUGCAGACUGCUUGCUUCUCUAGUUAUACCAACUUAAGUAACGACCGCAGAUAGCAAUGCACAGCGGUCUGAGGAGCCAUACACAAACCUCAACCAAAAAAGCCACUCUAUAGCCACAAAUAAUGCUCAAAACAGCACCUAACUUCAUCAACAGUACAUAUAGGGCCUGAUCUACAAAAGGUUUGCAUGUGCAAAAACACAUGCAAACUUGAUAGCGCAUGCAUACCUGAUCCACUAACCGGGUGCUCCGAGGAUUGCGUCUGUCAAAUGAGCAAAACAGUGCGCGCAAUCCAUUUAGCGUGUUUGCCUUCAUGAAUAUGCAGAAUGUAUGUAGAUCAUCAGAGCGCGUGCAAAAUUCUGGGAGAAGCAAAUGCAAAUGGCAUCAUUUAGCAUCCGCAAUGUGAUUUGUCACACCCUGUUUUGCAUCUAUAUUUAGCACUUUUGAAAGCCACGUGCAAACUGGCACAGCAUUAUGCACGGUCAUUGUGGAGAGAUGGAUGCAGAAGUGCCAUGACAGACACCAUGAUUCUAGUCCAAAAGCUUGUGAUUUAUUUUGUUUUUCUGGUAUAUGACGAUUUUCAUAAAUAAUAAGGUCAAACACGGAACAGACGAAAAAAAUUAUCUGUUCGUCUUAUUGAUUUUAAAUCAUUUUAAUCCCUUUUUUGAUUUCUAGUAUAUCUUCUUGCAUCUGAAAAGCACUUUGUGUUGCCUUGUGUAUAAAUUGUGUCACACAAUUAAACUUCCAUUGCCUUUUAUGUAGUUCCCCAAAAUAAUAUGUGGUCCGCACCACUUUUGCACCCGUUAUCAAUUGCGCACACAAUGAUAGUAGAUCACCUGCAACACACCCACUAAUAGCAAGUGCAAAUCUUUUAGUUUGCGCACAAAAUUAAGCGCUCGCUAUUUUGGAUCUUAGUAGAUAAGGCCCAUAGGGUCCUAGCCACAGCACUAGCCACCAAACACCUUUAAGCUUUGCCUAAUUUCUUUAGCAAUGAUCAUAAAUGUUUUUCCUUGAGCUGUGUCACCCCGCUGCAGUCCGUAAUGGACUGGUCCGAGGUCUUGUGACAAAUGGCUGCUGGAAGAGAGUAGGUGAGUUGUGUUUAGUCUCUUUGCUAAAGAUAUUAGGCAAAGCUAAAAAGAUGUUUGGUGGCUAGUGCUAUGGCUGGAAUCCCAUAUGUACUGUUGAUGAAGUUAGGUGCUGUUUUGAGCAUCAUUUGUGGCUAUAGAGUGGCGUUUUGGUUGAGGUUUGUGUGUGGCUCCUCAGACCGCUGUGCUUUCCUGCGGUUGUUACUAAAGUUGGUGUAACUAGAGAAGCAAGCGGUCGGCAACAUUCAUCUCUAAAUGGGGUCUCUAACUUGGUAUUACGGUGUGUUUCACCUUAAAUUAAUUCUACACCAGAAUAUCCCUUUAAGUGACGGAUAAAGAUCUUCUCACCUGGUUUCUCAUCUGAGGGCUGAAGCCUGAGGGGAAACAGCUGCACUUUGUUAUUUACCGUCACUUCACACUGCAAUGAGUCAUUUCUUGAUCUGUACGUGUGUUGAUCAGUCGGAAAGGUUGUAUCAAUGAAGCAGUGACACUGUAAUGUUGUCCCAGCUUGGUGUACUUUGGCCAGCACUUCACCCUCCAACAGCCACUUCAUGCUGACCAAAUGAUAUUCAUACGCUAAGACAGUGCAGCGUAAUGUCGACUCAUCACUUUUCAUUAGUUCAGUCACUGUUGGAGAUAGAGAUAAAAAGUACCAGUUAUGACAAAGUUUGCUAAAGUACAGGAGGAUACAUGUUUAUAUCCCGAGUGCCAAACAAUGCCUGAAUGAUUAAAUUGCCUCAGGGAUUUGGUCGCAGCUCACAGUGUAUUGUAGAGGCAUAGAAGGUCAAAGGUUAUCGAAGAACUUUUUGUCAGUCAAAGGAAGUGGCCAUAGCAGCUCAUUAAACCAUUUAAACAGGAAGUCAAUCUAAUCUGUUUGAUAUUUUACGAUCUAUAUGCCCAUUUCUCAACUACAGUCAUAGCGCCACCCUGUGGAAUCAAAUAGAGAGUGUGAACAUGUGACAUGUUGCCCCACCAUGGGGUAAGUUGUCUCACAACAUGGGGUAAGAUGUCACAGGGGAUUUGGUAGCUAAUGAAACAAGGACAAAACUAUUGUUGUUCUCAUUUUUUACCUGAAGGUGAACAUCAAAGUCAGGCACAGAAAAUGUACAUCACUGAACUAGAAAAAGUUGAAAAUAGGCAUUGAACAAUGGUUAACAUAAAAUGUCAUGCAACAUGCUCUGGAGUUUGGAGAGCUGUCUGACUCUGUAUUUCGUCUGGAGUGAAUGUUUUGCAGUACCGAGCCAAGGUAUGGUAGUUGACAUUAAAGUCCUUUAUUGUCCUCCAGAUUGAUUUGUUAGCUAGGGUCACCUGCCUGACUGCCCUCAGCGUCAUGUCAGGUACUGCACUGCCACGUUCAGUUUUUCUUUUGAAAUUCCUGACCAUAUCUUCUUCCGUUUUCCUCUUCUUUAAACCACUCUUUUCUCUGUAAAAGUAAAGUCAAAGUUUCAUGAUGACAACUGCUGAUAAGCAGACUCUCUGAGUUAAUUUUAAUUCCUUUUAAAUAUGUGACAACUAACCCCGAAAUGACUGAGACGUGUUGCCUCAAACUGCCAUGUUUGCUAACUCUAGCUCUAGCUUAAAGUUCGCUUAAAACAGAACAAUGACUGAGGUAUGACAGGAAACCUUUAUCUGUCCUCUAACAAGUCUACAUGUUUCACUGCUAGGAUUUAUAUCUGGAAGAAGCUUGUUUUAAAAUAUAUAAAGCUAAUUUUUUUUUUUUACUUUGGGUUGUUCUGCUCACAAUGUGCUCUUCUCUUCUCGGACAGGACACGACCCGUGACCAUAUAAAGGAAGAAAACUAGUAUUCCACUUUUUAGUUGGUGGCAAAGAUAAUUGCAAUGUGACAACUUACUCAUGUGACAACAAGCCCUGAUCUCCACUACUAACUCAAUACACAAUUAUUAUUAAGUUUAGUUUUAUGCCUGUUCGCUGUUCAGAAAUGUUGAGCUGAAAAGAAGACGAUAGAAAUACUCACUGCUAACCACAGACAGAUAAACAACAGAAUCAGGGUCUUGUUUUCCUCUCGGUGUGUACUGUUCACAGUCGUAACGCCCAGCAUCCUCUUCUGAGACCUUCUUUAUCAGCAGAGAACAGUCCUCUGUCACACUCAGUCUGUCUGAUUUAGAUCCAACAUCUUCACCAAUCUGCCAGAGUUCAACCAGCUCUACGACUUGGUCCUCUAAGCUAAUGAAGAUCCAGGUCGUACAGUUACACGCAGGUUGAUGUUUCCUCACAUUCUCACAUGGUAAAGUCACGUCAUUUCCAACUCUGACGAUAACUGUUUUUCUUCCAGUUGCUGUUGAGAAAAUAAUUAAACUUGUCAUACUUUUUGAACUCAUGUCAAACCUUAGCAACAGUUCUCCCUCAGUUGACCUUGGUAUCCAUCUAUGAUAUUGAUCAUCUUACCUGUAGAGUGAAGUUGCACUGUCAGAAAUACAAAAAUCCAAACUGGUAAGAGCUUGUCCAUCAUGAUACUUUGAUGGUGUUUGUGUUUGUUCUCAGAAACCUGAGUUCAUAGCCUUUAUUUAUAGAGACGCCCAAUCAACUUCCUGCCUCAGUAUGAUGUCAACUCUACAAAAUGACUCCAACCUGCUCUUCUCUGUAAAAAGAGUCUGGUCUACAGCAGCUUUUAUUUGUUAAGACUUGCAGUGAAUUGGCACUAUAUAAAUAAAGAUUGAUUGUUUGAUUGAGAAAUAUAAAUAUAUAGCUAUAUUGGAAAAAUACACAUUAUUCUGAUUCAAGUUACAGUUGAAACCAGAAGUUUACAUACUCUAUAUAAAAAGGCACAAAACCCCUUUUUUUCCCUCACUGUCAAACAUGAAAUCAGAUUAAACUGUUACUGUUUUUGGUCAAUUAGGAUUACCAAAAUUAUUUUUAUAUGCCAAAUGCCAAAGUAAUGAGAGAGAGAAUUUUUUCAGACAUUUUUGUCAUUAUUUUCUUGAGAGUCAAUAGUUUACAUACAUUUCAUUAGUAUUUGGUAGCUGCCUUUUAAUUGUAUGACUUGGAUCAAAUGCUUUGGAUAUGCUUCCACAAGCUUCUACAAUAGUUUGCAGGAAUCUUGGCCCAUUUCUCCCGACAGAAUUGGUGUAACUGAGUCAUGUUUGUAGGCCCCCUUGCUUGCACAUGACUUCUCAGUUCUGCCCAUACAUUUUAAAUAAGACUGAGAUCAGGGCUUUGUGAUGGCCACCCCAAAACUUUGAUUUUGUUAUCCUUACGCCACUUUGUAACUAGUUUGACAGUAUGCUUAGGAUCACUAUCCAUUUGAAAAACCCAUUUGUGCCCAAGUUUUAACUUCCUGGCUGAUGUCUUGAGAGGUUGCUUCAGUAUUUCCACAUAAUAUUCUUUCUUCAUGAAGCCAUCUAGUUUGUGAAGUAUACCAGUCCCUUCUGCUGCAAAACAACCCCACAACAUGAUGCUGCCACCCCCACAUUUCACAGUUGGGAUGGUGUUUUCAGGCUAGCAAGCUUCCCCUUUUUUCCUCCAAAUGUAACAAUGGACAUUAUGACCAUUUUCAGUUUUAUCAGACACACGACAUGUCUCCAAAAAUUAUGGUCUUUGUCCCUGUGUGCAUUUGCAAACUUUAAUCUGGCUUUUUAUGUUUCUUUUGGACUCAUGGCUUCUUCCUGGAAGAGUGGCCUUUCAACCCAUGUCGGCACAGGACUUGUUUCACUGUUGAUGACGACACACUCUUACCAGCUGCAGCCAACAUCUCCACAAGGGCUUUGGCUGUUGUUCUUGGGUUGAUAUUCACACUUCAGACCAAAGCACGUUCAUCUCUGGGACACAAAACCCAUCUCCUCCCUGAGCGGUAUGAUGUCUGGACAUUCCCAUGGUGUUUAUAUUUGCGUACAAUUGUUUGAACAGAUGAACAUGGCAUCUUUAGGCAUCUGAAAAUUUCACCCAAGGAUGACCCAGACUUGUGUAGGUCCACAAUUCUCUUCCUGAUAUCUUGGCUGAUUUCUUUUGAUUUUCCCAUGAUGUUACACAAAGAAGCAGUGUGUUUCAGGUGUGCCCUAAAAUACAUCCACGGGUGUGCCUCUAAUGAACUCAAAUUUUGUCAAUUAACCCAUCAGAGGCUUCCAAAGACAUGAUAUCACUAUCUGGCCUUUGGCAAAUUGUUUAAAGGUAAAGUCAUCUUAGUGUAUGUAAACUUGUCUAAAAAAUUCUCUCUCUCAUUAUUUUGGCAUUUAGCAAAUAAAAAUAACUUUGGUAAUCCUAACUGACCAACAACAGGAAAAGUUUAAUCUGAUUUAAUGUUAGACAGUGAGAAAAAAAAGGUUAUGUGCAUUUUUAUACAGUGUAUGUAAACUUCUGGUUUCAACUGUAACCAGACAUCUGUGACCUCUGACCUCUUCAAUGAUUUCUUCUCCUCAUCUUCAUCAUCAUUACUUUAUCAUCUCUGUCAGUCACAGUGGAUCAGAAUUAUUUACAUCUAAACAGGGGCUGGCAUUGUCUACAGGGGUCUGUAGGAGUGGCGGCUUAAAAACUUCAAGCCACAAUGAGGAAGUGACAUCAUGUUGAGAGAAAAGGAAGUAGAUUCAGCGCAGCUAUUACAGGAAUCAAGUUCGUGAACUCAGACAGUUGUGAGCCUGAGAGCAGAAGAAGAGAGACAGACGAUCACCAUCAUGGAGUUCAAAUGGAUUCAGAUGUCUUUAUUUCUAACAGCUCUGCUUCACUUUGCAGGUGAGAGGACUUUAUCAUGUCAUCAUUGAAGAUGUUUUGUGACUUACUUUGUCAACCUGAUCUUUGUAACACCCUGAGAUCAUGAGCUUUAGUUCAUCACAGAUAACGGAUUAAUUGUCUAACACUGACUACAAGUAUAACCGUGUUUCCACUUCAUUUUGUUUUCAUAUUUGUUUUAUUUCUUAGCUGCUGUUGAAGUAAAAACUCUGUACUUCACUGUCAGAGUUGGAGGUGAUGCUACUUUGAACUGUGAAAACCUGAUAGAAGAUCAACCUGAGUGUAAAUACACAACAUGGGUCUUUAAUGGCAGAGGAAACUCAGUGGCAGUAGAGCUGGUUGAACUUGGGCAGAUUGAAGAAGAUAUUGGAUCUAAAUCAGACAGACUGAGUGUUACAGAGGACUGUUCUCUGCUGAUAAAGAUGGUCAGAGAGGAGGAUGUUGGGCGUUAUGAAUGUCAACAGUACCCACCAGAAGGAAAACAAGAACCUGAUGCUCCAGUUUAUCUGUCUUUGGUUAACAGUGAGUAUUUUUGUCAUCAUGUCUUCAGCUCAAACUGUGAACUGAAAUAUUACAGGAAUUAUGAUCACAGUCUGAACUCUAUUUGACUGUUUUUAUCUUUCUGAUAAUAUCUCCGUUUUCAACAGUGACUGAACUAAAGAACGGUGAAGGUGUGACAUUUCGCUGCUCUGUGUGGAAGUAUGAACAUCUCAGAACUGAAGUGAAGUGGCUGUUUGAGGACAGAGAUGUGGAUGGACAUCACCACUGUGACCCAUCACAGCAUCUCUGCCACGCCGAUGUGAGCUUUCAGCCUGAUCACCACACGUACAGAUCCAGAUAUGAGUCACUGCAGUGUGAAGUGACUGUAAACGACCAAGUGUUUCCCCUCAGACUUCAGCCCUCAGGAGAGAAACCAGGUAAAAAGAUCUUGUUUGAAACCUCUCCCCCUAACAUGAAUAAUUACCUAAAAUUUUGUUGAAUUGACAGAUUUAAAGUUUGAGUUGUGUCCAUUUGUUCAGGCGAAGAUGACAUACCAAAACUAGCAACAACCCCAUCAACAACAAUGUCAGCUGAAUCAGCACCACCAGCUGAAACUCCAACAAACUCACCAACAGCUCCAGGACUGACUGAGAACAGCAUGACACCAGAAACCACAGCAGAGCCUGAGGGGGAUGUCAAAAGUACAGACUCAACUCUCUCUGGAUUGGUUUAAUAAUUUCUUUCUUUCUUUCUUUCUUUCUUUCUUUCUUUCUUUCUUUCUUUCUUUCUUCGUUUCACAUUUAAUUAGUUUGAGGACAGAAAUCUGCUCCAGAAUACUUGGAAUAAUGUCCUAUCCCUUACAGUUCCACUGUGGUUGUCCAUCACUGUGCCGAUCGUGGUUUUGACAGCUCUUCUAGUCAUAGUUAUGAUCACCAUCAGACAAAGGAAAAACAAAGGUGAGAGCAUACAUGACACUUAUAUUUGCAAAAAAAAAAAAAAAAAAUUCUGUUUUGAAACUGAAACUCUGCCCCAUUUUGUCUUUGCAGGGAGCAAAACACAGAUAAGUGACGAUGUAAGUUUAAAAACAAAUUGAAAAAAGGUAAAGUCAGAUUUUAAGCACCUCCAGCUUUUUGGUUAAAAUAAGUUUUUUUAAGCAAUGCAAAACAAACAAAAAAAAGGAAAAAGUUGAUGCAUUCAAACUGAACUGAUCCAGCCGUCAGAGGUGUGUCCAGAUGAUGGCCAGGAGUGUCAUGAACCUCCACGAAAAUCUGAUUUGCAAUACUUGGCACCAGCAGCUCUUAAAAUGAUUGGUCAGAGGCGGGACUUAUUGCCCAGCCAAGUCUGUGGUUACAGAAACACACAUCAGGACAGAGACAGACUUUUUUUAAAAAAUUUUUAAAUAAUUAAUUUAUUUAUUAUCUAUUUUGCUGUCUUCAGAUACUUUUAAUUUCAAAAAGGAUCAAAGUGAAGUGAGAAGUAUUUCAGAGGGCAGCCAGAUAAAAACUCAAACAAAAAUCUGUGAAGUUUGAUAAAUAAAGACUGGUCAUAAGCCUUUCUUUUUUUUAAGCAGAUACAGAAAAGUUAAGUGUUAUGUAUGUGGUGAAUAGCCGAGCGUGUUCAGACUUCAGAGCAUGAGAUAGACAAGAGAGAAGUUGUCUGACACAACUCAACCACAGCAGGAAGGUUUCUCAAACUGUUCUGUAGAAUCAGAAGUCUGACUUCCAAAUAAACACUACAGGCUGCGUCAUUAAGUUUUAAGGUAUUAUUACGUUUAUUCUAACUAAAGAGCUUUUGCUUUAAAUGAUUUUACCAAGCAGUGUUUUUGUUGUUUGCUGUCCUUUCUUUAGGUUGAUCCUGACAAUGGUGUUUCCUAUGCCUCCAUCAGGUACAACCAGAAGAAGAAAAGAAAAGCUGAGGUCAAAUUUUCAAAUUAUUGACUCCUGAAUUAUGUAAUGACGAUAACUCACCCCUCUAAUGUGACAUCAGCUUCUGUGGUCAUGUCACUUUGGUUUGACUGGAACUGUAAUUGAACACAUCACUCACAGCAUAUUGGUACUCAUCAUCUUCUUUUUCAGGUUCGCAGUGAAGCUGAUGCCAACGAUGAAGGAGAGGUGACCUAUGUCACAGUAAAAGCCUCCUCUUCCUCGUCUCCUCCUGCUGGGGUUUCGGUUGAUCCUGGAAGCCUCUAUGCCACCAUCAGCAAAGACAAGAAAUGAGUCAACAGUGGAGUUUCAGCUCGUACCAACACAGUUAUUUCAUACUUUAAUGACAGAUACCGAUAGAUGUUUUUGUAGAUACUUUCAGGAUUACUCACUGCAAAAACUCUUAAUUUCCAGACGGUGUGGUAUAAACUUCAUAAGCAGAAAAGUCUGGCUUUAAAGAUUAUAAAUGAGCUUAAAAUAUGAAAUUUAUCGCCAGCAUUUUAAGGUGCAAGUGUUCAGUUGUGUUUAUCAUGUGUUAUUCCGGUAUCACCCACAGCCAUACUUCUGUUAGGUUUAUUUUUUAUUUUCAAGGAUGUGUUCUCACACUGUACAAACUUCCACGGACAAGGGAAGGGCUUAAAAAAGACUAAACGUUCCUAUUGCACUUAAAAAUAGAGCUGUAAAAGUGAUGGUAUUUUAACGGAUCACACAGUAUGUUUGUGUGUGUAGGUAAGUCAAGUUGAAGUCGUAGCCUAACUGGGGGAUUUACUUGGACCACUGUCCUUGACCCAGUAUACAAGCACCAGUGCAUGACCUUUUUCAGCAUCGGUACUUGGAUGUGUUGUCCAGAUAUUGAACUAUUGGCUGUUGCUCCUCCAUAUCAUAAUACUUGUGUACAUCCCAUCCAAGGCAACGGCUGAAGUUCAAUGUGAUGUUCUCCAUGAAGCAAUCGCUAGGAUACAGACUCAACAUCCUGUUUAAAAAAAACAACAAAAAAACAACAGUGAUGAAUGGCCCCACUCUGUUCGCUGAAGGAUGGAGAGAUUCAGCAGACCUUUUGUUCACACAAUCAAGAAGUUCUUGUUUUGUAUUGUAUUGUACUGCUUGACUUACAUCCUGUUAGCCUCUUGCUAACACCUCCUGGCAAUUGUUUUGAUGCAAGAGGUCAACAGAGCUGAAAGAGGGCGUGCACUUGUGCGUGUUAACUGUGUCAAGGACUGUGGUUCAGGUAAAUCUCUAAGUCAGAUAUGAACUUAGCUCGACUUACCUUGGUUGCAUUUAUCCCAUUAUUACCCUUUCACUUUGUCUAAUGUUUGCCUUUUUUACUUGUUUAUUUUCAAGUCGAAUACAACCUGUAAAAUUUAGGUGAUAUAUACUGGUAUAAAACUUGCUGUUUCUUUACAAAAUAUGCACGAAAUACACUGUUAUUCAUACAGCUAUUAGUAUUCAUUCAUAUUGAUAACUGGCAGCAUUACAGGAGCAAAUAAGAAUGCUUGUUUGUGUUUAAGAUCAUGUGCAUUGUAUCAAUAAAAAGGCUAAACCAUAAUUUGUGCAGAGUUCAUUUUAUUUGGAAAAGAGAAGGUUAUGUCGAUAAUGGUCUUUAGAGGCUUUUGAACCAUUCUAUCUUCCAGCACUGUCAAAAAUAAGCCUAAUACAGCGCUUGCUGUGAAUACAUGAAUACAUGUGACUCCUUGUAUUUGAUGCCCUGCCCCACUGACAAAUGUUUAAGCAUGUUGCUGGUGUUUCCACCUUUGUAUGUUAUCACUGCUUGACACACGUUGCAUUGUUGUCGUCUUUCUUGGUAAAAUUAAGCAACCCUUUAGCUCAUUUCUGCCUACUUGUCAUAUCGUCCGCCAUGUUUUUUUCUCCCUCUCUGUUGUGUAGACUGGCACUUGCUUGUUUUUCAAGGCACCCGGAAGAAAGGAAUCGUUUAGGGAAUCAUUAAGAUAAAAUGUAAAUGAUGUCAAUGAAUGAUGAACAAUAAGGCCCUAAAUGUUUGUCGUAACAAGUCUGACUGACCAAAAUCCUCCAAGUGGUCAAAGUUAUGGUUCAGUGUAACUCUGCAGCUGCUGUUGAAGCCACAUUCUCACGAGGAACUUCCCCUUCAGGUCUGAGAAAUGACAAACAGUGAGAUCUCAGAGCGCUGUAGUACCUCCGAAUCUGUGCUUUCUUACAGCAGUCAUCGUGAGAUUUGACUCUUCUCUCCUGUGCUGUCAAAACCCACCGUAUUGUGACAUUUUGCGAAUCAGAUAGAGUUGCAGAUGGGAAAUUAUUUGAAGCAGAGUGGAGAGUGAAGCUUUCUUGAGGCCAAAGUAGUGUAUUUAAUCCUAUUGGCCAUCUUGGAAGUAAAACACUAAUACUAAUAAUAAGGCCGAUGGUAAAUACUGGCCCCAUUAAAGGCCUGAUAUUGAUCAACUCUUUGUCUGCUGUGACCUCUGAUUUCUUUACUGAUCCUGCUUGUUAUUCUCCUGAUCAUCUUGUCAUUCUGGACCAGGAGGAAUAAAGCUUUAAAAUGUUUAUUAAUUAAACUGUGAUGUGAGGUUAAAAACUCAGAGGCAGACUUAAAGUCACUUUGAGGAAGUGACUUCAUUCUGAGAGAGGGGAGAGUUUCAGUAUCUCUAUAAAUAAGGACUACUUUGAAAACUCAGACAAUCGUGAGCCUGAGAGCAGAAGAAGAAAGACAGAGGAUCACCAUCAUGGAGUUCAAAUGGAUUCAGAUGUCUUUAUUUCUAACAGCUCUGCUUCACUUUGCAGGUGAGAGGACUUUAUCAUGUCAUCAUUGAAGAUGCUUUCUGACUUACUUUGUCAACCUGAUCUUUGUAACACCCUGAGAUCUUGAGCUUUAGUUCAUCACGAAUAACAAAUAAAUAGUCUAACACUGACUACAAGUAUAACAGUGUUUCUAUUUCAUUUUGUUUUCAUAUUUGUUUUAUUUCUCAGCUGCUGCUGAAGUAAAAACUCUGUACUUCACUGUCAGAGUUGGAGGUGAUGCUACUUUGACCUGUGACAACCUGAUAGAAGAUCAACCUGAGUGUAACUAUACAACAUGGGUCUUUAAUGGGAGAAGAAACUCAACAGCAGCAAGGCUGGUUAAACACGGACAGAUUGAAGAAGAUGUACGAUCUAAAUCAGACAGACUGAAUGUUACAGAGGACUGUUCUCUGCUGAUAAAGAAGGUCAGAGAGGAGGAUGCUGGGCGUUAUGACUGCCACCAGUACACACCAGAAGGAAAACAAGAACCUGAUGCUCCAGUUUUUCUGUCUGGGGUUAACAGUAGGUAUUUUUAUCAUUACGUCUUCAGCUCAAACUGUAAACUGAAAUAUUACAGGAAUUAUGAUCACAGUCUGAACUUUAUUUGAUCGUUUUUGUCUUUCUGAUAUUUCCAUUAUCAACAGCGGCUGAACUAAAGAAUGGUGAAAGUGUGACAUUACGCUGCUCUGUGUGGACCUAUAAACAUCUCAGAACUGAAGUGAGGUGGCUGUUUGAGGGUAAAGAUGUGGAUGAACAUCACUUUAGUGUGAGGACAUCACAGGGUCUCUGCUUUGCUGAUGUGAACUUUCAGCCUGAUCACCUCAUGUACAGAUCCAGAUAUGAGUCACUGCAGUGUGAAGUGACUGUAAACGACCAAGUGUUUUCCUUCAGACUUCAGCCCUCAGGAGAGAAACCAGGUAAAAAGAUCUUGUUUAAAACCACUUCUGCUAACAUGAAUAAUUACCUAAAAUUUUGUUGAUUGAAUAGAUUCAAAGUUUGAGUUGUGUCCAUUUGUUCAGGUGAGGAUGACAAAACAAAACUAACAACAGCCACAUCAACAACAAUGUCAACAACAAUGUCAACUGAAUCAACAGCACCAGCAGGAACUCCAGCAGAUAAACCAGGUAAAAAGAUCUUGUUUAAAGUCACUUCUACUAUCAUGAACAAUUACCUUGAAUUUUGUUGAUCUAAUAGAUUUAAAGCAGGGGUGCACACACUUUCUGAGCAUGUAAGCUACCUUUAAAAUGACCAAGUCAAUAUGAUUUAACUACUACAAAAAUAUAUAUUUUUUUAUAAAUGUAUUGAGAAUUAUUCAUAUGUAGAAAGUCUGUUGAUGUACCUUGCAUAACUGCAUGAACCUAUUUUGCACAAUUGAACUCUCACAUUUUUUGUCAUUACCUUACUCUGAUGACUUGCACUGGAUGGAAUCAGCCAGGGAUGCAUAGUCCUGACAGUAGCUGCUGACAGACAGCCUCAUGCACACUUCCAAAUGUUCAUCAGUCAUGGUGGAACAGUACUUGGACUUAAUGAGCUUCCAGAACUGUCCAUGAGCUCUGGACUUCAGCUGAAUAUCAGCUUGUAGUUUCAAAACCUCAACUUCCACUCAAGAACAGUUCAGGUGAAACAGUGUUGCAGUUUUUGAUGUGAGUGAAUCAACUUCAGCAUCUUCCUGAAAAGGGUAGCACAUGAAGAUAGUGAAUGGCUCCAGGGAAGUAAAGUCUUGAAAGUAUUUGUCAAAAUCUGACGGACAGGUGUCAUUCUGCUCUGUGUAGCAUGUGCUGUCAAGUUGCACAAAGGCCUUCCCUUCCCUCUGAUGCCUGAUGACGUUUCAACUGAAAGCAUGAACUGAGCUGAUCACAUUGAUCGUGGUUUUGUUUUUUCCCUGCAGCUCUAGAUUGAGGUCAUUCAACAUGUUUGUCAGACUGGUGAAAAAAAAUUGUCAUUCAGUUGCUUGUAUUCUGCAUGACCCGCUACACAGACAAACUCUUUAAUCUCCGGACAGAGCUCUUGGAGGCUCUGCAGGAAUUUCCCUCGACUAUGCCGCCUCAUGUCAGUGAGUAGCAACAACUCAGAGUGGUCGCAGUCAGCCUUCUCCAGAUGUGCACUGAGCAGCCAUCUUUGAAGGGAUCUGUGGUGAAUAAAACAGGCGAUCUUCGUUGCUACAUCCAUGAUCUCUUUAAUGUUGAGCAUUUUAAUGCAUAACGCUUGUUGGUGUGUUAUACAGCGGUGAUUGAGUGAGUCCAGGAAAGCACUGUCCUCCCUGUACUUAAAAAAAAAUCCAUUCAAGUGGCCAACCAUCAGGGGUGCUCUAAUCAUGGUGAUGGACACCAAUUUGUACACUGGGAAGUGUCCUCUCCUUGUAUGUGUUCUUUCAUGGGCAGUACUGUUAACAGCGCAUCUUUUGCAGUGAUAUCAGUAAACAUCGUCUGAAAAAAAAUGCAACACUAGGCUGUGUCACUUUGUAGAUUUGUCCAACUGCAGUGAAAAACACUUACCAUCUGCUACGUCCUUCCAAAGUUGCUGAGUCAAAUCCUUGGCCAUGGCCUCACUGUGCCAUGUAACUGUACUUCUUGACAGCUGGAGAACUUUGAUAGAAGAAACAACAAGUCAGCUUCUUCAACAAAUGCCUCUUUUACCAUCUCUGCAUCUUGACAGGACUUCUUGUUCUUAACGAUGAGGUGACUCACCUGGAACGAUGCUUUGGUGGCAGCUUUAACUUUUGAAGUUAGCUAUAAGAAAAAUGACUGCCGUCCUCAUCCUCACAGAUUCCCUGUGGUUGUCCAUUACUGUGCCUAAAGUGGUUUUGACAGCUCUGACAGCGGAUGUGUUUUAUUGUCAUUUCAGCUGGGUUUCAGAUCGUUAUUGUGAUGGUUGGCUUAUCAGCUCUCAUACUAACUGUGGGAACAGUCAGCAUCUGGACAAGAAUUAAAGGUGAGGACAUUUAUCAUGAGACUUAUGGAAAAUAAAGUUUUUCAUUCCAUAUAUUUUCACUCUGGAAGCUGAAAGGACUUUCUCUCUCUUUUUUAGGGAAGAUUGCUCAGAGGAAUGAAAACAUGGUGAGUUUCAAAUCAACAAAAUGAGUCACUGUGUUAAAAUCAGAGGAGUGAACACCUCAGCACAGUUGUUUUAAAGAGAGCCAUCUGUUUCUUUAUGACACUUUGAGUGCUACGAUAUUAGUUUGAGUACUAAACUUAAAAUCUACACUGGAUUCUGGGAGCAGAAAAGUCAUAAUAUUUUGGGUAAAAGUUAUCCCAGUACAAGUUCUGAUCCAGAUCUUAAACUACAAGAAAGAACCACUGAGUUAUCAAUAAUUUGUCACGGAUCAAUCAAGAAGAAGUGGAACAAGCCAUGCUUAUCUGAUUACUUUGGUCUUUAGCAUUUGGAAAUCUCAUUGUUUGGUUCAUUUGCUUUUUUACCUCAUAGGUGUGUCAUCAUGAAAUCGUCGGCACAGCAACCUACGAAAACACCAGAGAACCUUCUGUUUCUCUCAGACUCCAUCGAUGCCCAUCUUCAAGACUGACAUGAGUUGAUCUGCUGCUUUAAACAUUCUUAAUGCAAAGCUCUAUGUCUGUCUUUGUACACAAGUUCACAAAGUCAAGCACUGUCUGCCAUAAAACAGGAAGUUGAUUUUUGAGGGGCUUAAUAUACAGAAACUGCUAACUAACAUGUAAAGAUUGUAUUCACUUUCAAGGACACUUCUAUAGAUAGAAACUUCAGUGUAAUCACUCUAUUUGCAUAAAUGAACUUUCUUUUGGUAUAACUGCUUCAAUAUUUUUAUAUUCUUAACAUUUUAUUCACUGCUUUUCAGUUUGUACUGUCAGUAUUGUUCUGUCUGUUGCCACACUGAUCACAGUGUCAGCUGCAAAUAAAGGUUUAUUCCCCACUUAAUGUCAAAUUGAGUUUUAUGAUCCCCCCAAUUGCGAAAGGUAAAAAGUUUUAGCUUUGAAUGUUUAUGCACACAAUACUGGUGUAACCUAUGAAGCCAUCUUCCUGUAGCAGUGGCGGAUAGUGAGAAAAAUAGCAGGUGGGGCUGAAGGUUUGGAAACCAGAGCCCUGUAGGGGAGGUUUGGGGGUAUCCUCCCCUGGGAGAUUGUUUUUGGUUUUCACAUGUGAAUGAAGCAUUCUGGUGCACUCUGAGAAAAUAGUUAAGGAAACAUACAAUCUUGAUUUACAAAGACAAACGGAGUGGGGAAACUGUAUUUCAACUUAUUUCAACUUAAGUUUAGUUUUAAGCCUGUUUGCUGUUCAGAAAUGUUGAGCUGAAAACAAGAUGAUAGAAAUACUCACUGUUAACCACAGACAGAUAAACAACAGAAUUAAGUUCUUGUUUCUUCUCGGUUUGGACUGUUCACAGUCAUAACGUCAUAACGUCCUCCUCCGAGACCUUCUUUAUCAGCAGAGAACAGUCCUCUGUAACACUCAGUCUGUCUGAUUUAGAUCCAACGUCUUCACCAAUCUGCCUGAGUUCAACCAGCUCUACUACUUGGUCCCUUAAGCCAAUGAAGAUACAGGUCGUAUAGUUACACACAGGCUGAUGUUUUCUCACUUUCUCACAUGGUAAAGUCACAUUAGUGUUGGGUGGUAUGAUGGUAUAUACCAUGUGAUGGUAUAAAAGUGUCUACCGGUAGAAAUUUUGCUAUACCAUUAACACUGGAGAGAGAGAGCAGAUGCUGCAUCUCUCUGAGUCAGUGUGUAGUUGUCUGUCCGUUUGGGUGCGUUUCCCUAUAUUUACCAGCAUGUCGUGUGGAGUUUGUUUGCUCUGUUUGAUUGGUCAGGUUUGGUUGUGCUCCCUAUAAUUACCAGCGUGUCCAACAUCAUCGACUGCUUGGCAUCAUUUCGAUGAAGAACAAACAGCUUCACUGGUGGUGGUCAUGGCUAAGGCGGAGAUUAGUGACAGUACCGAGCAAACAACAGCAGCCCAACCCACCCAACAUCAGGAAGAGGAGGAGAAACUCCUUCCAAAAAAGGGUGUGAGUUGCGACAUUGGUUGUCUGGAGAUUCUUUGGAUUUUGAAAAUCUGACAGUGAUCGACAAAACAAAACAAUACUAUGCAAAGAGUGUCGUGUGGCUGUUGUUGCUGGAGGUGAAAACACCAGCAACCUCUUUCACCACCUAAAGAUGAAACAUGCCAAGCUCUAUUAUGAGAGCCAAAAGAUGUGUGGCGCACCUGCUGCACCAAAAACUAAAACUGCAGCAGCUCCUCUCAUACAAUAGAGCUUGGCAGAGUCUUUCGCCGAAGGUACACCAUAAAAAAUCACCAGACUGGUCUGGUAUUUUGUUUGCAUUUGUAUAUAAAUCCGAGUUUAAGAAUAAAAGAAAAAUGAACAAAUGUGACAGUAUGGUUAUUUUUCAGCCAUUAAUUAAAUUUACAGGAGGAAAAAACAAACUGUGAUGUAAACCGUUAUCGUGAUAUGAAAUUACUCAUACGGUGAUACAAGAUUUUGUUUAUACCAUAGAACACACAGUCACAUCAUCUCCAUCUCUGAUGAUCAGUGUUUUUCCUCCAGUUCCUGUUGAGAAAAUAAUCAAACUUGGGAAGUGUGACAGUCAUACGUUAUCUUUUGUUUCAAGAGUUUGUUGAACUCAUGUCAAACCUAAGCAACAGUUCUCCUUCAGUUGACCUUUGUAUCUAUCUAUGAUAUUGAUCAUCUUACCUGUAAAGUGAAGUGGCACUGUUAGAAAUACAAAAAUCUAAACAAGUAUGAGCUUGUCCAUCAUGAUACUUUGAAGGUCUUUGUGUUUGUUCUCAGAAACUGUCUGAGUUCAUAGCCUUUAUUUAUAGAGACGCCCAAUUGUCUUCCUGCCUCAGUAUGAUGUCAACUCUACGAAAUGACUCCAACCUGCUCUUCUCUGUAAAUAGAGUCUGGUCUACACCAGCUUUUAUUUUUUAGGCAUCUUGAGAUAAGACUUGUAGUGAACUGCAAUAAAAAAAUAAAGAUUGAUUGAUUGAUUGAUAAAUAUAAAUACAUAUGUGUAUAGGAAAAUACAUAUUAUUCUGAUUACGUUUAACCAGACAUAUGUGACCUCUGACCUCUUCACUGGUCUCUGCUCCUCAUCUUCAUUGUCAUUACUUCAUCAUCUCUGUCAGUCACAGUGGAUCAGAAUUAUUUACAGCUAAACAGGGGCUGGCGUCGUCUACAGGAGUUUGUAGGAGUGGCGGCUUAAAAACUUAAAGCCACAAUGAGGAAGUGACAUCAUGCUGAGAGAAAGAGAAGUAGAUUCAGCUAUUAGCUGUUAGUAUAGACAAGUUUACUAACUCAGACAAUCGUGAGCCUGAGAGCAGAAGAAGAACGGAAGAGGAUCACCAUCAUGGAGUUCAAAUGGAUUCAGAUGUCUUUAUUUCUAACAGCUCUGCUUCACUUUGCAGGUGAGAGGACUUUAUCAUGUCAUCAUUGAAGAUGCUUUCUGACUUACUUUGUCAACCUGAUCUUUGUAACACCCUGAGAUCAUGAGCUUUAGUUCAUCACGAAUAACAAAUUAAUUGUCUAACACUGACUACAUGUAUAAAAGUGUCUCUAUUUCAUAUUUGUUUUCAUAUUUGUUUUAUCUCUCAGCUGCUGCUGAAGUAAAAACUCUGUACUUCACUGUCAGAGUUGGAGGUGAUGCUACUUUGACCUGUGACAACCUGAUAGAAGAUCAACCUGAGUGUAAAUACACAACAUGGGUCUUUAAUGGCGGAGGAAACCCAGAAGCAGUAGAGCUGGUUGAACUCGGACAGAUAAAAGAUGUUGGAUCUGAAUCAGACAGACUGAGUGUUACAGAGGACUGCUCUCUGCUGAUAAAGAAGGUCUCAAAGGAGGAUGUUGGGCAUUAUGUCUGUCAACAGUACACGCCUGGAGGAAAACAAGAACCUGAUGCUUCAGUUUAUCUGUCUUUGGUUAACAGUAGGUAUUUUUAUCAUUAUGUCUUCAGCUCAAACUGUGAACUGAAAUAUUACAGGAAUUAUGAUCACAGUCUGAACUUUAUUUGACUGUUUUUGUCUUUCUGAUAAUAUCUCCGUUUUCAACAGUGACUGAACUAAAGAACAGUGAAGGUGUGACAUUUCGCUGCUCUGUUUGGACGCAUGAACCUCACAGAACUGAAGUGAAGUGGCUGUUUGAGGGUGGAGAUGUGGAGGGACAUCAGCAAUGUGACCCAUCGCAGGGUCUCUGCUUUGCUGAUGUGAGCUUUCAGCCUGAUCACCACAUGAACAGAUCCAGAUAUGAGUCACUGCAGUGUGAAGUGACUGAAGAGAACCAAGUUUUUCCCUUCAGACUUCAGCCCUCAGGAGAGAAACCAGGUAAAAAGAUCUUGUUUAAAACCACUUCUGCUAACAAUAAUCAUUACCUAAAAUUUUGCUGAUUUGGCAGAUUUAAAGUUUGAGUUGUGUCCAUUUGUUCAGGCGAAGUUGAAAAACCAAAACUAGCAACAACAAUGUCAUCAACAAAGUCAACAACAGAGUCAACAACAAUGUCAACAGCAAUGUCAACUGAAUCAACUGAAUCAACAGCACCAGCAGGAACUCCAGUGGAUAAACCAGGUAAAAAGAUCUUGUUCAAAGUCACUUCUACAAUUACCUAGAAUUUUGUUAAUCUAAUAGAUUUAAAGCAGGGGUGCACACACUUUCUGAGCAUGUAAGCUACUUUUAAAAUGACCAAGUCAAUAUGAUUUAACUACUACAAAAAUGCAAGACACUGUUUUUUUUUUAAUAAAUAUAAUAGAAUAAUUCAUAUGUAGAAUGUCUGUUGAUGUACCUUGCAUAACUGCAUGAACCCAUUUUGCACAAUUGAACUCUUACACUUUUUGUCAUUACCUUACUCUGAUGACUCGCACUGGAUGGAAUCAGCCAGGGAUGCAUAGUCUGGACAGUAGCUGCUGACAGACAGCCUCAUGCACACUCCCAAAUGUUCAUCAGUCAUGGUGGAAUGGUACUUGGACUUAAUGAGCCUCCAGAACUGUCCAUGAGCUCUGGACUUCAGCUGAAUGUCAGCUUGUAGUUUCAAAACCUCAACUUCCACUCAAGAAGAGUUCAGGCGAAACAGUGUUGCAAUUUUUGAUGUGAGUGAAUCAACUUCAGCAUCUUCCUGAAAAGGGUAGCAUAUGCAGAUAGUGAAUGGCUCCAGGGAAGCAAAGUCUUGAAAGCAUUUGUCAAACUCUGACGGACAGGUGUCAUUCUGCUGUUUGUAGCAUGUGCUGUCAAGUUGCACAAAGGCCUUCCCUUCCCUCUGACGCCAGGUUCUGGAAGUUUGCCAAAUCAUGGUCCUGCAGCUUUGAGGAGAGACGUUUCAUCUUUCAACUGAAAGCAUGAACUGAGCUGAUCAAAUUGAUCGUGGUUUUGUUUUUUCCGAGCAGCUCUAGAUUAAGGUCAUUCAACAUGUUUGUCAGACUGGUGGAAAAAAUUGUCAUUCAGUUGCUUGUAUUCUGCAUGUCCCGCAGACAAACAAACACUUUAAUCUCAGGACAGAGCUCUUGGAGGCUUUGCAGGAAUUUCCCUCGACUAUGCCGCCUCAUGUCAGUGAGUAGCAACAACUCAGAGUGGUCGCAGUCAGCCUUAUCCAGAUGUGCACAGAGCAGCCAUCUUUGAAAAAAAAUCCAUUCAAGUGGCCAACCAUCAGGGGUGCUCUAUCCGUGGUGAUGGACACCAAUUUGUACACUGGGAAGUGUCCUCUCCUUGUAUGUGUUCUUUCAUGGGCAGUACUGUUAACAGCGCAUCUUUUGCAGUGAUAUCAGUAAACAUCAUCUGAAAAAAAAUGCAACACUAGGCUGUGUCACACUGUAGAUUUGUCCAACUGCAGUGAAAAACACUUACAAUCUGCUACGUCCUUCCAAAGUUGCUGAGUCAAAUCCUUGGCCAUGGCCUCACUGUGCCAUGUAACUGUACUUCUUGACAGCUGGAGAACUUUGAUCGAAGUUAAUAUUUCUGCCUUGUUUUUAAAGUCUCGGAACAACAGGUCAGCUUCUUCAACAAAUGCCUCUUUUACCAUCUCUGCAUCUUGAAAGGACUUCGUGUUCUUAACGAUGAGGUGACUCACCUGGAACGAUGCUUUGGUGGCAGCUUUAACUUUUGAAGUUAGCUAUAAGAAAAAUGACUGCCGUCCUCAUCCUCACAGAUUCCCUGUGGUUGUCCAUUACUGUGCCUAAGGUGGUUUUGACAGCUCUGACAGCGGAUGUGUUUUAUUGUCAUUUCAGCUGGGUUUCAGAUCGUUAUUGUGAUGGUUGGCUUAUCAGCUCUCAUACUAACUGUGGGAACAGUCAGCAUCUGGACAAGAAUUAAAGGUGAUGACAUUUAUCAUGAAACUUAUGGAAAAUAAAGUUUUUCAUUCCAUAUAUUUUCACUCUGGAAGCUGAAAGGACUCUUUCUCUCUUUUUUAGGGAAGAUUGCUCAGAGGAAUGAAAACAUGGUGAGUUUCAAAUCAACAAAAUGAGUCAUUGUGUUAAAAUCAGAGGAGUGAACACCUCAGCACAGUUGUUUUAAAGAGAGCCAUCUGUUUAUUUAUGACACUUUGAGUGGUAUGAUAUUAGUUUGAGUACUAAACCUAAAAUCUACACUGGAUUCUGGGAGCAGAAAAGUCAUGAUAUUUUGGGUAACAGUACAAGUUCUGAUCCAGAUCCUAAACUACAAAAAAGAACCACUGAGUUAUCAAUAAUUUGUCACGGAUCAAUCAAGAAGUGGAACAAGUCAUGCUCAUCUGUUUACUUUGGUUUUUAGCAUUUGAAAAUCUCAUUGUUUGGUUCAUUUGCUUUUUUUACCUCAUAGGUGUGUCAUCAUGAAAUCGUCGGCACAGCAACCUACGAAAACACCGGAGAACCUUCUGUUUCUCUCAGACUCCAUCGAUGCCCAUCUUCAAGACUGACAUGAGUUGAUCUGCUGCUUUAAAUAUUCUGAUAUCAAUGUGAAGAUCUAUGUCUGUCUUUGUACACACAGUCAAGCAACAGGAAGUUGAUUUUUGAGGAGUUUAAUAUACUUUUACAGUCACCAAACUUGUUAUGCAUGACCCCAGUGGAGGGAUCAAAUGUUUGAUGUUGGUUCUCUAAUGGCUCAGUGGUUCCCACUAUAGUUUUUAAGUCCAUGAAAGUCCAGUCUAUGCAGCAUGUUCAACCUGAAGUUAUGACUUCUAGAGGGGGAGGGCUUAGUAAUCAUGUCUAGAUCUCCAAACAUCUUCAUCAUGACCCCAAAGAUUGUAUUCACUUUAAAAGACACUUCUAUAUAUAGAAACUUCAGUGUAAUCACUCUAUUUGCAUAAAUGAUUUUUUUUUGUAUGGCUACAUAAAUAUUUUUAUUAUCUAAACAUUCGAUUCGAUGCUUUUCAGUUUUUACUGUCAGUAUUGUUCUGUCUGUUGCCACACUGAUCACAGUGUUAUCUGCAAAUAAAGGUUUAAUCCCCACUUAAUGUCAAAUUGAGUUUUAUGAUCCCCCAAGUGCUAAAGGUGAAAAGUUUUAGCUUUGAAUUUUAUGCCCCAACUAUUGGUGUAACUUAUGAAGCCAUCCUCCAGUAGAACAAAAAUAUCUUUCACUCUUUUAAUCACUUGUUUGUUUGUGUUUUUUGGUCCAGCAUCUUUAUAAACCUUCAGUUUUCUUAGAAGCAUCAUCCUGAGAAAUGAUGAAAUUUAUCAUAACUGGGAAUCUUUACACCUUCAACUUCAAUUUUUCAACUUCCUGUCUUUUUUCAAAGACGGCAGAACACAUCUCUGUCAUUGGAGAGUCAAAGAGCUGUGAAAACAAGAUGGCUUAUGAUCAUCACCGUAAACCUUUUAUAUUACUGCAAGAGACUGGGCUCAGAAAAGUGUUGCUGAUCAUCGCCAACAUCAGUCUACCGUGACCUCUGAUUUCUUUACUGAUCUCUUGCAUCUCAUCUUACUUUAACGUACUUCCAAGAGAUAAAAUUCUGACGUAGACUAUGAGUCAGGAAGCAUCAGUGCAAAAAAAAGGGGUGUGAUUCAGAAUCUUUCUUAAUAAGAAGAACUUUACAAACUCAGACAGUCGUGAGCGUGAGAGCAGAAGAAGAGAGGAUCACUAUCAUGGAGUUCAACUGGAUUCAGAUGUCUUUUUUUCUAACAGCUCUGCUUCACUUUACAGGUAAAAGGAUUAAUAGACAUCAGUAGCAACAGUUGAAUGAAUAUUUGAACAGACUGAUAGGAUAGGACAGGUCUUUAUGUGGGGCGCUUUGAUUGCUAAACCAUCAAUGUCUCUCAGCACAAAUAAUUAUCAUGAUUAAGUUCUAAUCUAAAAGCUGACGGUAACUUUUUCCCCAAUAGUUAAUUUUUUAAAAAUUUUCUCAGCAGCUGCAGCUGAAGCAAAAACUCUCUUCCUCACUGUCAGAGACAGAGACAAUGUGACUCUGUCCUGUGAAAACAUAAGACAAAUCAGAGAGAAUGUAGCUCAGGAGGUAGAGCGGUCGUCCAAUAACCGGAAGGUUGGCGGUUUGAUUCCCCCCUAAUCCAAGUCUGUCCGUUGUGUCCUUGGGCAAGACACUUAACCCACCUUGCUCCCAGUGUGUGUGUCCUCCACUGGUGUAUGACUGUGAGUGUUGUGUGGUGGUGGUCGGAGAGGCCGUAGGCGCAGAAUGGCAGCCACGUUUCCACCACCACCAAAGUGUGACUGUGUGAGCGAAUGAAUGAUGUAUCCAAUGUAAAGCGCUUUGAGGGUCUCUGAUAAAGCGCUAUAUGAAAUCUGAUGCAUUAUUAUAAUGUGUUCAGACGGACUGGCUCUUCAGGGAUUUAACCAAAACAGCAACAGUACAGCUGGUCGCACUUGGGCGGAUUGGGGAAAAUGUUGGAGCCAAAUCGGACAGGCUGAGUGUUACGGAGGACUGUUCUCUGCUGAUUAAGAGGGUCACGUUGGAAGAUGCCGGUCUAUAUACCUGUAGAAAGGCCCCGAUAGAGAUUGAAGUUGAAGUUUAUCUGUCUGUUGUUACCAGUAAGUGUUUCUGUCAUUCAGCUCAAACUGUCCUGAAACGAUAAGACCUCUUUUGACUCCUUCUGUGUUUCUGACACUAUCCUCAUCUUCAACAGUGACUGAGCAGAGGAGCUCUCACAUGGUGACACUUAUCUGCUCUGUGUGGACGUAUGAAGGAUGUAGACACACAGUGAAGUGGCUGUUUCAAGGUGGAGACCUGGAUGAGCAUCACCAAAGUGUGAGGACAUCACAGCGUCUCUGCUACGCAGAUGUAAGCUUCCUGUCUGAUCACCACAUGAAAAGAUCCAGAUCUGUCUCACUGCAGUGCAGCGUGACUGUAGGUGACAAAGUGCAGCUGUUUCCCUUCAGACUUCAGCCCUCAGGAGAGAAACCAGGUGAGAAUAUCUUGAUCUGUUAAAAGUCACCUUAAACUGACAUGAAUUAUGGACUUUGUCAAGUUGUGCUUAUUCAUGUCGGUGUGUGAUGACAGCCACAACAGCAGAGACCACACCAACGCCUGAAGAAGAUGUUGCUUCAGCUGUUACAGGUACAGACUCAACACUAUCUGUUUUUACGUCUGUUCUGACUAAACUCUGACUAUACUGCAGUAAUAUGAGGUGGGAAGGUCAUCUGUACAUUAGUCAUGAACCCAGUUUAAGGUUAGAGAGGGGGUUUUAUUCAUUUUUUUAGACUCUAUUCUUCCUCUCUGAUACUUCUUUAGUAGCUUUCAUCGGCCUUCAACACCAUGCAGCCUCACAUCUUAAGCUUAUCACAUGCUUUCAUCUCAGCCAUCAACUUACCGUGUGGAUUACAAACCAGUCACAGAGAGGUGAACAAUGUCCUUUCUGACAUCCUUUUCACCUCAACUUGCUCAACAGAACUCAUCCCAUGUCCACAGCGUCUUAAUUCAGCUUUUUUAUCUUUUUAUUUAUUUAAUUAUUUAUUUAUUUUUUAGCUAAAGGCACACACUUUAAAUGUCAAAUGUCUGUGACUUAAUUAUUAAGAUGCUUUCAUGCCCUUUUAUAUUACCCCUGGGGUACAAAUAAAUUGAACUAAACUGAACUGAUUUCUAAAUGGAAACACUUCUUCAGAGGCCUUCCAGAGCCAGAACUCACUGUUUUGGACCCGCCUCCUCUAUUUUGGUCAGUCAGUAGAAUGGCAGAGCAGCAUCAGCCUGUUCUGCUGUGGUAACAACGACCUGAAAUGUAUUAAAAAUAAUAAUAAUAAAACCCAAAAUGUAAAAAGUUGCCACAUUUUGGGCAAAAUGUUAUUACAUUUUGGCUCAGCAUUUUGUUACAUUAUCGAUCAGUUAUUACGUUUCGGGUUUUGUUACAUUUUUAUUAUUACAUUUUGGGUUUUAUUACAUUUUUCUUUUUACAUUUUGGAUCAUUGUUACAUAUUGGGCUCUAACAAGCCAUCAGUGAGUUUUGACCCUGUAUUUGGUAAAGAGUGUGAGGCUUAAAAACAUAAUUUUUAUAUUGACCACAUAAGGCUGGAACAUGAGGCUGUAAACUCUGAAACAAGACAGGAAGAGAACUCAUGUUUUUGUGUACAUGUAAAAUUAUUUAACACCAGGAAACACACCUUUUUUUUUUCUCUUUUGUGAGCAAGAGAAUAAAUGACUUUUAUUAUCUUCACAGCCAAGUGGCGGUUCAUUGCCGUGUCUGUGGGCUUAUCAUCUCUCCUCCUGACUGCUGUUACCGUCACUAUUGGUACAAGAACUAAAGGUGAGAACGUUUCAACGUGAAACAUUCAAACAGCAGGGUUUUUUGAACACAUGUUUUCUUUGUGGAAGCUAAUUAGGACUCUUCACCUCGCCUCCUCAGGUAACAGAACUCUGACGGAUGAAAACUCGGUGAGUUUGAAAUCAUCAUUUCCUUCAUUCACCUAAAACAAGUGUUAGUAAGUUACUGCAUUCCUGAUGGUAGUUAGCAGUGAAGUGAGAGUUACUGUAGUCUCGUCCAUGUGCUAUAAAUAAAGUGCAGAAACAUCAGUCUAGAAUUCAAAUAACUUGGUUUGUGUUGGACAAAAGAGUCUCCCAAAUGUUUAUGCUGUAAUGAGUACUAAAGUGUACAAAUGUAUCUGACAGAUUAAUCAAAAAACAGUGAAAUUAGUAAAUUGAACCAGGAAUUUAGCAAUAUGACAUUGUUUUCUUCUCAAACUCAACAACCUUUCAUUUUAACAAUUUUUUUUCUAUUUAUUUAAUCUCACAGGUGAAUGGUAAUGAAGUUGAAGGCACAGUGACCUAUGAAAACAUCAGCGAGCCUUCUGUUUCUGUCAGACUCUACUGAACAGCAUCUUCAGCACUGACGGAAAACUCACCAGAGCUGGUCAGCUGCUUUAAUCAUUUUGAUUUUGACAAUAUAGAGCUCAAACAUCCACCUAUGUAGGCAUAAAAUGAGGUUGUGAAGCGUUAAUGAUGAAACAGGAAGUUGUUUUUUAAAGGGCAUAAAGUACUUGUAUAGUCACCAAAAGUUUAGCUCCCAUAGCACAUGUAGUCUAGGAUUGUAAAAUCUAGAUGGCUCAUGUGUCUUGCUAAGUCCUGCAUACAAGCUUCCUCGUUGGGAAGCAACGGCAAGUGAUUCAUGCAACUGGAUGGCCCAGCCAGGCUACAAGCUUCCAGGACCUGUACUAUAAAUCAAACAGAUUUUAAGUUUUUGCCUGGAAAAAAUGUGUAAAUUUUGUUUUUUUCAGGGAUCCUUCAGGAUUAAUGUCUCCGUCCUUAUUUGUGUUGUAAUUCACAAAACCUUAAACAUGACAAAUUCUCAAAAAUCUGAACCCAGAUUUCAUCUCAAAGUUUCUGGAAGAACUUGGAGUUAAUGCAUCUUAAUGUUAAAUGUUAAAGGAUUGUUGCCUCUUGAUAAAUGUCUAAACCUGCCGCCAAAGUCAAAGAGGCUUUUCUAUGAGCUUGCUGUGCAAUUAAUAGUUUUAAUUAUUAAUAAUUUAAUUACUCGGGAAAUAUCCAAGCUUUCAAGUGAGUUUGAAAAGCUGAUUUCCUUAAGUUGUUUCUUUUACAGACACAUUAAUCACAUUAAUCCUUGUAUACAUAAUAAGUUUUGAUUGAUUAUGUUUUAUUUAGGAUUAUUUCUUAAAUGUGUCAUUUUGAUGUUUUGCUGGAUUGUUUUUGUAUUUUUUUUAAAUGUCAAAAUUAUUCUUCUCUAUGUUAUAUCUGAUCACAGUGUCAUCUGCAUAUUGAGACAUUUUUUAACUCAGUUCAACUAAGUCUUUUAUGACUUCUUCAUUCACUCAGUGUCAUAUUGAUGGACUUGUAAUAUUGAAAGAGAUAAAAAAAAAACAAUAAUAAUAAUAAUUCACAUAGGCUGAUGUGAAAAUAUUUUUUAAAAAUUCACUUCAGCUGUCCAAAAGAUGGUAUGUGUUCCUGUUCCUGCAAUGCCAGUUUCAAUACCUUCAGUAGACUGCAUAUUCAAGAUAUUUAAUUGCCAAUAUCAUAUGAAGUUGUAACUGUAUAUUACCACUUGUUUGAAUCUGAACCCAAAAGCAGAACCGGAGGCAAACAAUCAUUAAAGUAAAUUGAUCGACUGAUGAGGGGUGGAGGUGUGAGGGCUUGUAGCUGAAGCAGGUUUGUGUUUUCCAGAGAGUGUAUAGCAGCAUGGCAGAGGUUGGGUGGACUGAACCUAACCUCUGCUCAGCACAUAAAAACCGGGGAUGUUCAACACAUAAUAACUAAAGAUAACUUCAGCAGGGUUAGUCGAUGUAUGUGCUCUCCAGUGCCAGAUGUGAAUAAUCUGACACUGGAAAGGGUUUAGAUCAGAGCUUCAGAGCUGCAGGAGUGUCUGCAGCAAGAACCAGUGCAGGGAGGGAAACACCCAGUCUCUGUGAAGAAAAAGCACACAGACUUCACUCAAGAAACAAAUCCAAAACUCACCAAAACAAAAGCCAAAAUGUUGCGAUCACUACUGAAGUUCCUCUAACUCUAUCUGACAGGAACCUUUUAAAAAGUCUCAUGGUUGCGCAAACAACCACUGCCACAAAACUCACAAGCUGCAUGAUAAAAACAGAUAAGAUCAGUACAGCAAGAGGUCAGAGGGAGAAGUGUUUUUUAUAUCACCGCUCAGGGCAGGGACUUUGUGAAUAAUCUAAAAGACUUACUUGUGGCCAGAGAUUUGAGGCUUGGUCGUAUCUGAACUUCCUGCAUAAUUUACUGUAGGUGCUUUGUAUUUGUAUCACUAGCUUAGUGUAGUAGAGCUGCUUUUUGUUGGUUUUGGUCUGCACAUGCAAGAUUACAACACACCUGAUCCCAUCCCAUUUCAAGAGCAACAGACCAAUGUGUGCAAAUUCAGGUGCAAGAUCACUUGAACAAUGUCUGCUGUUGUUGACACAUCUUCACUGAAGACUUCCCCCUCAGUGCUCAAAACAGACCAAGAGAGGAACCAGCAGAUAUCAGAGCACCAAUACACCAUCUUGUCUGUGCACCAAGUCACCAUGGUGAUUCUGCAGUGGUCUGGCUCUUCUUCCUUUGCUGUUAGAGUACCACUAUCAAUUCAUCCUAUUUUCUAAGAGAUGUCACCCAAAUAAGAUAAAUUUAGAGACGUGAAAUCUAAAGGCAGACUUGUGGUCACUUUGAGGAAGUGACAUUUCACUGAAAAAGGGGAAGUGGACUCAACAUCUCUCUAAAUCAAGACUUUGAGGAACUCAGACAGUUAUUAGUGUGAGAACAAGAAAGAGGAGAGGGACGGACGAUCACCAUCAUGGGGUUCAAAGGGAUUCAGAUGUUUUUAUUUCUAACAGCUCUGCUUCACGCUACAGGUAAGAAGAUUUAUGUCAAGUUUAAUUAAAAAAUGCAGACUCAUACUGACUUUAACAAAUUGUAAUGAACUUUUUCUCCACAGCAGCCAAAACUAGAACUCUCCACCACACGGUCAGAGCUGGAGAUAGCAUCACUCUGUCUUGUGGUGACGUGAUAAAAGAUGGAUGUUACCGAUACGGAACUGACUGGACUUUCUAUGAACCGAGAAAGCCAGCAGUGGAGCUGGUUAAAGAUGGGCAGGUUGAUGUUUAUGCUGGAUCUAAAUCAAACAGACUGAGAGUCACAGAGGACUGUUAUCUGCUGUUAAAGGAGGUCUCAUGGGAGGAUGUCGGACGCUAUGAGUGUCAACGAUCCACAUCGAGAGGAAAACAAGAACCUGACGCUGUCUCUCAUUUGUCCCUUCUGACCAGUGAGUAUCUAUCAUCAUGUUUCUAGCUCAAACUGACAGGAUUAAAAUCACAGCCUGAACUUCAUUUGACUCUUUUUGUCUUGAUCAGUGAAUGAACAACAGCAUUAUGAUGAGACGGCGUUACGCUGCUCUGUGACAACAUACGAACAUCCUGCACAGAGAGUGAAGUGGCUGUUCAGGGGUAAAGACGUGGAUGCGUUUCCCCAAGUUCGGACAACAUCACAGUGCCUCUGCUUCGCUGAUGUGAACUUCCCGGCUUAUCACCACAUGUCUAGAUCCAGAUCUGACUCACUGCAGUGUGAAGUGUCUUUAGAUAACCAAGUGCAGCUGUUUCCCUACAGGCCUCAGCCCUCAGGUGAGAAGACCUUGAUCAGUUUUAACAGACAUCCUCAACAUUCACCGAGAAACAGUUGAUUGAGUUUGUCGACUUGUGUUGAUUCAUUCAGGAGAAGAUGACAACCAUGACACAUCAAGAUCAACACCAGCAUCUCCAAGAUCAACUAAAAUAAAAAAACCAACAGUGACCACAUCAGAACGUAAAGGAAGCAGUGAUGGUUCAGAUUUUAAAGGUACACUUUUUAUCAACACUGUUUAUUUCUGUUUUUAGGGGGACUUUCAGAUAUUGACAGCAGCUCGUGUCUUAGUUUUCUGGUUUUUGUUGCUUGAUUCAAAAACGGUUGGCAGGUUUCUAAAAACACUUUUCACAACCCCCCACCCCCGAUGGAUUUCCAAACCCUCUUUAUACGAGGGAUGUAAUGUCAAAAGAAAAUACGCUUUUAAGGCUGAGAAUUAAGCUUUAACCAGCCUUACAACUCACUAGCUUUAGUUUUUUUUUUUAAAUUAGUCUUGUUCACAAGUGAGAGAAUAAUUAAGCUGGAGAUCAACAUCUGCAGCAUCAGCAGUGAUGAGGUGGUGAAGAGGGAGCUGAGCUGAAAGGCAAAGCUCUCGAUAUACCGGUCAAUCUAACCCAGGAUUUCCACUGCAUCUGGAACGGCUAAAAUCCGGAACAGCUGUGAUUUUUGCCGUACGCCGAUCCCUACCAGAUCGGUGUGUGAGGCAAAUUUUGUGGCGGAUUACGGGCAGCAUGAAACGUGAGAACUCACAUGAACCCGCUGAUUCACGUGCAAUUGCGCGAUAACAAAUUGUCUUUAGCCACGGAGGCUAACCUUAUAAGCAGUAGAUCGUGUCCUUCCAGAGGAGGAAAACUACUUCUAGGCUUAUAAAAUCAGCAUCCUCUCAUCUAUGGUGUUAUCGGGAUGAAAUGCUGUCUACAACCCUUUUACUUGUUCGUCCCCGCCUGUUUGCAUGGUGUGUAAUCCUAUCCACCUGAAACACGGAGUGUUUUAUUUUGAAAAGAAGCCGGAUGUUUUAUUUUGUGUUUGUGCCCGUUUCCUUUUCAGCACAGACUAAUCUGUUCUGAAUUUAUCCGGCAUGCUCUGGAAAAAAUAGAACUCUUGCAGAUGCAGUGAGAGGAACUUUCAGAUCCGAACUGCAGCUUGUUUCUCUGUUUGAUGUUGUUGGUUUUCCAGUUUUGAUUGUUGGUUUGGGCUGAUUUAAAGGCUUCACCUGUAACCUCUGAGAAAUCAGUGUUUACAAAUCUGUUUUCUCUCAUACUGACCAAACACUUUUUAAGGGAUGAGAAAGAAUCUUUAAACAUUUCUGUCCCAUCAUGCUCUGUUUCCUGUCAGGUUGUUCUUCCCUAGACUGGAUCAUGUUGUCUCUGCGUGUGUCUGAACUCGUCCUCAUCACUGUGAUCACUGUUCUUCUCUUCAGAGCUUCAGGUGAGAACCUUCAGACCAACAUGAGUUCAGACUGAUGUUGUUUGAAGUUGAAAUCUGUCUCUCUGCUUUCUUUUCCAGGGAACCACAGACCUCCUGAUGAUUUCACUGUGAGUAUGGCAGAGUUCAGAGUUGGAGCUCUGAGAUCAGACUGAUCAGGUCUAAAGUUCAAGAUUUCAUUUCUUCUCUUUGAGCUCCUCUGUUUUUUUCUGUCAGGUGUGUUAUGACAGAGAAGACGUCACAGUGACGUAUGAAAAUGUUGAAGAGCCUUCAGCUUCAGUCAGACUCCACAGACCAACCAACAGAUGAUCCUCCUGCUUUCACACAUUUUUUUAUGUAUUUUUACUUCAUAAAAAUUCAGAUUUUACUUGGAUUUUUUCUGUAAAGUUGCACAAAUCAAUAAAUGUUGAAGUUUGUUUUGAUCCAAAUGUAUCAGCUUGCUGUAGAAAGAAGUUAUUUUUGUUUUGACUCAUCACUGGAGAAAAUCUUUAGCGUCUGCGUCCAGUUAAGAGAAAAAAAACAUUAACAUGGAUGUAGAUGUGCAGAUUUAUUUUGUGCAUUUUUACAUAUAAGCUGUUGAUAUUAUUUUGUAUGUUACUGAGAUAUCUGAGUGUUUGAAGGGGAAGGCUGUUUGGUUUCAAGUCUUGUUGCUGUCUUUAGAGAGUCAGUGUUUGUCCUCUCUUUAUUAUAUCUAAUCACAGUGUCAUCUGUAAAUAAAGAAAUAUUGAUCACUCAUUUCAACAGACAGUUGGAUUUUUUCUACAUUUACUGACAGAGUUUGAGUCACAGUGAACAUCUUUGACCCCCCUUCAUAAUCAACGAAACCUUGUUAAAGUUUAAACUAAGGCUUUACUGUACCAAAAAAAUAGUCUCUAAUGGUUUUAAUCAAGGACUCUUUACCCAAAUGAGUUUCUAUGGAAAGGGAAAAUAAAAAAAUGAAGUAAUGCACAUAAAGCGUUCACUGACAUUUUUUAACUAAUGAUUAUCACACUAAAACAAAUUUGGGAUAACAACACACUCAUAGGAAAACUUUAAAAAGCAGGGCAGCAGGUCACUUCUUCAACUUUACUAGUAGAUGCCGUUGACUUCCUGUUUAUUACAGUUCUACAAAUAAGACAUCUGGUUUGAACCAUUACUAUUUUAAUAAAGCUUGAUGGACUGAUUGAUCAUCCCUUUCUAAUCAUAACCACUUACAUUUUACCGACAGCACCAGUGGGUCACAGAAACUUCUUAGAAAUCCUGGAGUUUUAAAUGGAGCCUUCUUAAACACAACAUGUUUGCUGUCAAACAUUUUUCUGAAGCAGCACUUCAAAGAUAGCAGAUCUCUGAGAAAUAUCUUCACACCCACAACCUCCCUACAUCCUCUUCCUCCUCUCAUGAGGUGACAAACGACUAUCAUGUCUCAGUCACAGAACUGAUCAUUUAUGUCGGCUCAGAAAUACAGGUACUACACAAACAUCUGACCUGUGAUCGAUGAUUUUUGACACUGGUUUAUCUUCAGCUGCUUUAUGGAUUUAAUCGUGAAGAUGUGAAGAUGUUAUGCAGACAGUCACAGUGAGGAAGUGACAUCAUACUGAGACAGAAAGGAAGUAGAUUUAGCACCACUAUUAAUAAAGAGACGUCACACACCAGCGUUAGAAGAAGAGAGACAGGCGAUCAUGAUAAUGGCGUCCAAAUGGAUUCAUGUGUCUUUGUUUCUAACAGCUCUGCUUCAGGUCUCAGGUAAGGAUACUUAUUUAAUAUGAUUAUUCAAGGAACUUUGGUGAUCUGUUGUUUGGCUCUAUCAGAGAUCAUGAGCUCUUGUUUUUUAUUUUUUUAUUUUCUCAACAGCAGCUGAGUUCAGGACUCUCUACCUCGCUGUCAGAGUUGGAGAUAACAUCACUCUGCCCUGUCAAAAUGUGGUAAGAGAUCGAGAUCAGUGUAACUUCACUACAUUGAUCUUCACUGAUUCGAGAAAUGAAACAGAGCCGGUUAAACUCGGUCAGAUUGUUGGAGAUCUUAGAUUUAAAUCAGACAGACUGAGUGUUACAGAGAACUGUUCUCUGCUGAUAAAGAAGGUCAGAGUGGAUGAUGCUGGUCUAUAUUACUGUCAAGAGUACCCAACAGGAAGGAAACAAGAACCUGAUGUUUAUCUGUCUGUUGUUAGCAGUAAGUAUUCUAUCAUUAUGUUUUCAGCUCAAACUGUAAACUGAAAUUGAAGCAUAAAACUCGUCUUAUCUUCAGUGACUGAAGUGCAGAACGGUGAUUCUGCGACGUUGAUCUGCUCUGUGUGGACACACGAAACUUGUAGACACACAGUGAAGUGGAUGUUCGAUGGAGAAGCUGUUGGUGUACAUAUUCCAAGUGUAUCAGGAUCACAGCCUUCUUGCAGCUCCUCUGCAGACUUUGGGAUCACCCAGUUUGUGUACAAAUCCAGAUUUGAGUCACUGCAGUGUGAAGUAAAAGUAGAAGACAAAGUGAACUUGUUUCCCUUUAGACUUCAGCCCUCAGGAGAGAAACCAGGUGAGAAGAUUUUGAUCUGUUUAAAGUCACUUUGACCCAUGUUAAUAGCUACCUUUACUGCUUUGGUUUAAUCUGACAAUGCCCCCUCACAUCACAAAAGCUCAAACUUGAUAUUUAUUUGUAAUUUCCCACUAUCUCUUCCUCCCUCUGUUUCACAUUUGGCUCAAAAAUCUGCCCUUAUCUUUCAGAUCGGCUGUGGUUGUACGUCACUGUAGCUGUGGUGCCCAUCAUGACAUUCUUUAUCAUUGUUGUGAUCGCUUUCAGAUGGAAGAAAACUCAAGGUGAGAGCAGACAUUAAAGUGAACUAUUAAGAAAGAUUUAUAGAGUUAUUUUUCAGUUUUGAAGCUGGAUUUCAGUCUCUUUUUUGUCUUCACAGGGGAGAAAACACAGAGAAACAGCAACACUGUGAGUUUAAAAAGCACUGUGUAUGUUGUGUGACUGUUUCUGCGAGCACGAUGCAAAACUCCUCUGUAUCACCAGAGACCGAAGACUUCAGACCCAGUUUUUCACACCCCUGGGUGCUAUGAAGUCCAUUAUUUUUGUCUUCUUUUGUUGUGUAGGCUGAUCCUGAAGACGGUAUCACCUAUGCCUCCAUCAGCUACGGCAAGAAGACCAAAAGUCAAGCUCGGGUAAGUUCUCUGAUUGGUUAAAGUGACAAUGGAUAUAAAUCAGAAACACUAUUAAGAUUCUCUGUUUAUUAAUUUAUUGAAAAUGAUCAUCUUUAUUUAAAAGAGCGUCAUUUAACAGCUGUUUACUAACAUGUACAGAUAAAGCUGUGAUUGGCUUCUGAUCUGAAAAUUUACUCCCAUCGUCAUGUCAUUUUUGUAUUUCAUAGUUCGGUGCAGUGUUAUUUUACACACUCCAUAAAGGUGCAUUCACUUGUUUUACUAGGCAGGACUGGUCUUUUAAGGAGCCAAUGGGCAGCUCACAAUCAUCUAGUGUGAAGCUGACCUGUGGGAUCCCCCAGGGGUCAGUCCUCAGACCAUUCCUUUUCCUUCCUUAUUAUUCCUAAUCAUUUACAGACGUAAUGCAAGUUUUCACUCAUACACGGAUGAUUUCCAGUUGUACCUGUCUUUCACACUAAACAACUGUAUCAGAGGCAGGAAAUGUCGGGUGUCUCAGAAUCUCCUGCAGCUAAAUCUUAAAAGAAACUGAGACCGUCAGUCAUGCUUUCCCAUAAUACAUCAGCCUGCCUCCUUACUACAACUAAAAAAAAUGGAUCAGAUAGCUCCUCUUUAAGCUUUAUUUCUUUGGCCCCAGGUAAGCUUUAAAAUUGAUUUAAAGUUUUUAUCAUCCAUUCUUAAGGCACUUGGGUAUUAUGACCUCCUCACUUUGCAAGUACCUGGUUGUAACCUGAGGUCCUCAGCUGUGGGUCUGCUAACCACUCCACAGAGGAAAGGACUAAAGGUGGCCGAGCCUUUUCCGUCAGAAACCUCCAAUUUCUGAAACAACCUCCUUGAAGAGAUCUUAAAAGGCAACCUCUAAAUCAUCUUUUAAAAAAGAGAGAUGCUGCCAAAUGAAAUUUCAUUGUAUUCCUAUACAAUGACAAUAAAGCUUCUUCUAUUUCUUCUUCUUAUAUUUCUUCUUCUUCUUCUUCUUCUUUUAAAAACAUAUUUGCAUGUUUUGAUCAUUUAAAUGCUGCUUUCAUUCCUGUUUUUAGCAGUUCUACCACCUUUUUUUAUUUAUUUUAUUUUUUUAAUGAUUGUUUUAAAUUUUUCUGGCUUUUUUCCCUUUCAAAUGUUGUUUUAUUUCCCUCUUUCUGUUUGUGGUUUUAAGUCUUUUUAAGUUGUUUUAUGGUGGUCUUUUGUGGUGUGAAUCUUUUCUUUUACUUUAUUUCUUUUUAACUUUUCCAUUAAUCUCUCUCAUCUAUUUCGCUAUCUAUUUAUGCAUUUCUUUCAUUGUUAUGUUGUUAAAUUACAAUAGUUUCAUUUGAAUACCUUUAAUGUUUAGUAAGUGUAUUCUCUACAUUUGUCUUUUAUAGUGUAAAGCACUUUUCAACCCCGUUUUAAAAAAGUGUUUUAAGAGUAACGUUUAUCAUCAUAAAUAUUAUCAUCGUUGCUGUACUAAUGCAAUGCCCUGUUUGUAUAUGCUAAUGCAGGUUCUCAGUAAAGUUGAUAAUCAAGAUGAAGCACUGACCUACGCCACAGUGAAAGCCUCCUCUUCUUCUUUUUCUUCUCCUGCUGCUGCUGCUGCAGAUGUCGGAGCCUCAUUGGAGCCCAACAACCUCUAAGCCACCAUCAACAACGAGAAGAAAUACCAGUCCAAAGUGUCACCACUUCAGUCAUAACUGUGGGUGUAAAUCUCGCUGCAACACUGUACUCCUGAGUGAUUUGUUUAUUUUUUUUUUUACGUCAUGAUUCUGAGUAUUUCUGAAUUUUGAAUAACAAAAGCACAUUUGGGGAAAUUAUUUUUGUAUAUCUUUCAAUGGUUAACUGACCCAGGUGUCCUCCUGUCAGGCUUGAUCAUUUGGCAGACAUUUUUAUUAGUUUCUGCUGUUUUCUCAUAUUUUGCCAUUGUAAUUGUGUAAACGCUGUUGUAUAUUUUUUGUUGCUGGAACUUUUUAUCAUUGAUGUGACCAUUAAAAAAAUAAAUUUACACCUGUUAUUACCAGAUUAAAAUGCAACUUGGUGUCAGAGAUGAAUGUUUGUGUCUGAUUUUUAAAAUAUUGCAUGACAGAGCAAACACCUGCUACAUCUCUGAUCUCACUCAUUCAUGUUUCAGCCUGAUGCUCCUCCACCACCUUAGUGUUACAAAUCUGACCGACCGAAAUCCUCGAGUGAUUUUUCUACAUGGCUCUGCUGUUGUUAUUGUACCCACAUUUUCACAAAAUGCUUCCUCUCUGCUCUUAGCUAGGACCAAAAGUGAGGAACCACAAAAUCCCAGACCACUAACACGUCAUAGUAUCUGUGCUUGUUCUCACAGGGAUCAAACAGAUUCUUCUGUGGAGGUCAGGAAGUUCAACUUUUCUCUGUUUUGCUCAUUUUAACCAGUGGCUGUUUUCUUAAAUGCAGCACCUAUAGAAGAAAAAAAUUGUGUUUUAUCCUCUUUGCACUCUGAUUUUGACCUGACCUCUGAUAACUUUAUUAACUUUAUUUGUAUAGCACUUUUAAAAAACAGAAGUACAAAGAGGUAAAAGAGAUAAGAGGUGACAGAUAAAAGAUAAAAGAGAUAAAAGAUAAAAGAUGGCAUCACCUCUGACCUCUUCACUGAUUCUGCUUCUCAUCCUCAUCAUCAUUACUUUAUCAUCUCUGUCAGUCACUUUGAAUCAGAAUUAACAACAUAUAAAAAUAAGCGUAGCUCACAACUCACAACAUCAAGAUAGAGUAGUGAGCUAAAGAUGUCGAAUCCUAAAAGCAGACUUAAAAACUCUUAAAAACUGACUAUUACAGAGGACUGUCACUAAGCCUGCUCCUAAAGGUAGAGAGGGUGUCGGCACCCAGACCUUUGACUGGUAAAUGGAUCCAGAAGAGAAGUACCUGAUAACUGUAAGUCCUGUCUGACAAAUACAGACUUAAGAGUUCUUUAAUUAUGAGAUCCUAUUUGUAUCUCUUGAAAAGUUCUUUGUGGAUUUGUCACCACAGCUGAAUUAAUUUUGAUCUGGUCUGAAUUCAACUUCCUCAUAUAUCUGAUAUCACGGUUUACUCUAAAGAUCUGUCAACAUGUUCAUGUCUGUGUAAAUCCUCAGCCUUAGACGCCUAUACAACUUGAUUCAACCACAACUUAAAACUUAAAAUGUUUGAUUUCUGUCUUGUUUCCAUGGUUUCAACCUCAGAAAAUCUCUCUAGGUUGUCUCUGUUUUCUCUGAUAUUUUGUCUGAAGAAAAAAAGUUUGUCUUCACACCUUCAACUUCCUGGUUCCUCAUCUUCCUCUCAAGGCACUGCCCCCCUCCAUUUAGUCACUUUUCUAUCAUUGCACAAUAAUUCCAAUUUAACAGGAAACUCAUCAGUCUGCUGUGACCUCUGUGACCUCUUUCCUGACCAUCUUCAUCAUCAUUACUUUAUCAUGUCUGUCAGUGGAUUAGCAUUAACGAUGAUAAUCAUGAGAGGAAGUGAUGUCAUGCUGAGAAAAGAAAGGGCGAUAAGCAGCUCUCUAAAUAAGGACAACUUUAGAAACCCUUACGCCCAAAAGGCAAACUAAGGUUACUCUAAAGGAAACAACAUCACACUAUCAACAGGAAGUAGUUUCAGCAUCUCUUUUAAUAAGGACAACUUUACAAACUAAGACAGUCAUGAGUGUGAGAGCAAAAGAAGAGAGACCGACGAUCACCAUCAUGGAGUUCAAAUGGAUUCAGAUGUCUUUAUUUCUAACAGCUCUGCUUCACUUUACAGGUAAGAACACUGAUAUCACAGGUGGGUUAGAAGAGCUUUUUAACGAUUUGACUUUUAACACAACAAGAUUUAAACAAAACACAGCAAACACUUAUUUUCUCACUGAUUUAUAUUCUCAUAAUUUUCUCAUAUUUCAGCGGCAAAAGUCAAACCUCUCGACCUCACUGUCAGAGUUGGAGUUGACGUCACUUUGACCUGUGAAAACCUGAUAAAAGAUCAACACCAGUGUAACUUUACUACAUGGUUCUUCGGCCAAUUUACAAAUUCAAAAACAGUCGAGCAGGUUACUCACGGGCAGAUUGGUGAAGAUGUUGGACCUAAAUCAGACAGACUGAGUGUUACAAAAGACUGUUCUCUGCUGAUAAAGAAGGUCAGAGAGGAGGAUGUUGGGCGCUAUUACUGUCAACAGUACACGCCUGGAGGAAGACAGGAACCAAACGCUGUUGUUUUUCUGUCUGUGGUUUACAGUGAGUAUUUCUAUCUUAAAUUUUUCAGCUCAAAAUUUUAAACCAAAUAAUUACACGAGUUAUGAUCACAGCCUGAACUUUAUUUGACUCUUUUCUGUCUUUCUGAUAAUAUCUCCAUCUAAAACAGUGACUGAACAGAAGUACAAUGAUGAGGUGAGGUUGAGCUGCACUGUGAUCCCAUUUGACUCAUGUAAACACACAGUGAAGUGGCUGUUUGAGGGUAGAGAAAUGGAGGAACAUCACCCAAGUGUGAGGACACCAAAGAGUCUCUGCGUUGUCUAUGUGAGCUUUCAGCCUGAUCACGACAUGUACAGAUCCAGAUAUGAGUCACUGCACUGUGAAGUGACUCUAGGUGACAACAAGCAGCUGUUUCCCUUCAGACUUCAGCCCUCAGGAGAGAAACCAGGUAAAGCAUUAUGACUCAUUUCAAGUGGAAUUUUUUUAAGUUUUAUUUUCAAAUAUCAACAUCAAGUUUAUUUAAAGACCUCAUCACACUUUUUUCAGUUUUAGGUAAGGACACAAAAACAACACACUUCAAAACACCGACUGAAAGCAGCUUCAAAACAGGAAUUAAAACAACAGAGUCUGCAAUAAAUGAUGAUUCAGCAAAUCUACAUGGUGGUGAGUCAGCAUUUAAAUUCUCAGGUAACAAAUAAGUGGAGUCAGAAGAACUUUCAGAUCCGAACUGCAGCUUGUUUCUCUGUUUGAUGUUGUUGGUUUUCCAGUUUUGAUUGUUGGUUUGGGCUGAUUUAAAGGCUCCACCUGUAACCUCUGAGAAAUCAGUGUUUACAAAUCUGUUUUCUCUCAUACUGACUUUAAUGUCUGUAGACUUUUAUACUGACAUUAAACACACACUGAGUCCGAGGCUUCGUUUCUGUGUACUUUACUGGCAAAGAUGGUAACUCCACAACAAUGAUAGGAGGUGUUACUACACAUGCUCCUGAGCUCCUGGUACCCACAAUGCCCCCAGAUCAAACAAAGAUAGUUGAGCGCUAAGAUGCUCCACACAAUUAACAUUCAUUACACUGACCAAACACUUUUAAGGGACGAGAAAUGAGCUCCCAUCAUGCUCUGUUUCCUGUCAGGUUGUUCGUUCCUGGACUGGAUCAUGUUGUCUCUGCGUGUGUCUGAACUCGUCCUCAUCACUGUGAUCACUGUUCUUCUCUUCAGAGCUUCAGGUGAGAACCUUCAGACCAACAUGAGGGUCAGACUGAUGUUGUUUGGAGCUGAAAUCUGUCUCUCUGCUUUCUUUUCCAGGGAACCACAGACCUCCUGAUGAUUUCACUGUGAGUAUGACAGAGUUCAGAGUUGGAGCUGUGAGAUCAGACUGAUCAGGUCUAAAGUUCAACAUUUCUUUUCUUCUCUUUGAGCUCCUCUGUUUUUUUCUGUCAGGUGUGUUAUGACAGAGACGACAUCACAGUGACGUAUGAAAAUGUUGAAGAGCCUUCAGCUUCAAACAGACUCUGCUGA